CCUUGCUGUCCAGUGCUUGGCUACCAAAUGACAACAAAAUGGAGGGAAAUUUCGUUCUGCAAGUUCCAAAACAUUGACAUAUUCGUAGUUUAACAGCUGAAUUACCUUUAAACAGCUGAAAAUGGAUGAGAGACACUGGUGGUUCGCAACAAAGCUACAAGAAACAUUUCAUAUUGGCCCCUAUGACAACCCAACGAUGCUCGAGGACUUUAUGGCCGAACAGUCAACCCUCGACUUCAUCAAUGACUUUUUGGCUCCUGACGGACAUACAAAGCUCUUUUUCUACUGCCCUAAAGCUGACCCAAACAGCCUUAUUCCAAGAAAGAUGAGCGUGGCUAGCUCGUGUGCAAAGCUUAAGGAAGUCAUGGACGGGGAGGCCAUUUGCUUGUACUUCAUCCGUUCUAAUUUGGAGCGUGUAAUCGAUCCUACGUGCGUGGAGAAAGAGGUGUUCUGUGGCGAAAUCAAGGAGAACCCACUCGUACAUUUCAGUGCGUUGCUUUCGGAAAUAUUCGCUCCUAUUUUGCAUGCACAGAAGGACUGGGGUACUUCUUCAGAGGAAGAAGUGUCGCACUUUUUGAACCAAAUCGACAAAUACACAAACACCUUGACCGAGUAUGCAAACGCCACGAUCGCACCUCAACAAAUUUUGAAGAAACCAGAAUCACAAGUUACGUCCGACUUUAAACAAAACAGAGCUGCUGCAGUUAAUCCUUCCAUUUUGCAGGAAUAUGAAAAUUUAGUUUUGGACUGGAUUGGCACUAUAGAAAAUAUUUUGACUGACGGAUUAGAAGAAAGGUAAGCUUAGCUUAUAAAAGGAUUCUUAUAAAAAGGUCAGCAUGCAGGAGAGGAUAAAUCAAGUGAUUAUUUUCGUGUAUUACUACAGUAGAUAAGCUUAAUGCAAUGCAGUAUUUGAUGCAGCCCAGUUGUUUUUAUGCAUGCAUGUGCUAGUUGUUUAGGGAAGGUACAUUUUUAAUUGGGGGGCGGGGAGGUUCAUCCAAAAAAAUGGGACCCUGGGAGAGGGUCAACCCUUAUUUUAAAAGUUAGUAAGGGAGGGUCAAGCCUUUUUUUUCACAGUGGUUUGUGCAAAUGUGUUAAGUUACCACACUGAUGUCAUUCUUUUUGUAUUCUAUAGCUUUGUACCAGUCCUUCCUGUUGAAUGGGAACUUGUAGUUACUCAAGAUUCCUGUUAAACAGCAGUUUUAUUGCAGUUCAUUCAUCAGAUUCAUUCACUCUUUCUGUCUUUCUUUUUUCUUCUUGUUCUGCCAUGGCACGUAACUGUCUUGGAAGACCUGUGUUCUCUUUUGGCCCUACCUUGACAUUGAUGUGACCACUGUAUGCAGUACACGGUUGUCACUUAUAUCAGUCUGAAUUCACUCGAUGAUGUUAACGAUGUUUCAGAGCCUACAGUCCUUUCCUCUACAUCACUUUCUGAGCUCAAAGUUAAAGUUUCUUCAUGAAGUGGAGUCUCUUUCUCCAUGCCUGAUAAGAUCCUACUAGCGACAUGUGCCUUUAUAUAUGCCACUUUCUCUGGCUUCUUCCCCUUACAAACUGUUCCAUUAUGGUCCAUGCAAAUCAAAAAAGUUCACGAUCUUUCAAUGCUGAUAUGUGGUCAGAAUGAUACAAUAUUGCUCUCAUUCAAUGUCAUUGUAAUCUUGUUCCAGCCACUGCGUUUGCUGCCUUUCACUUUCAGCUCUUCGCUUUUCCUUACGCUUUUCAAUUUGAGCAAGGUGAUCAACAUAGUCCUUCACAAACUUGUGCACGACAAUAUGCUUAUGAGAAAUUCAGCUAUUGUCUUGCCAUCUCAUGGACUUAAUUAUGUAAUUAUUUUUCGUGGAACAUUCUUUUCAUUUGAGGUUGGGGAUGAAAAUCAUCAGGUUUAUGACCAUAGAUAGAUGUUGCUGAUAGUGGUAGAAAAAUUGAAAUCAGGAAGCUUGUCAUAGUCAGGAAAGGGUCGUGGAACUGCAGAUGGUGGUGAACUGGUGCAUAUGCAAUGGAAGGAUAGGAGUGGGGGAGGGUUACCGGUUUUUGUUUUGUUUGAGAAGUAGGGUCACUUGUUUACUAGGUAAGAAUAAGGGGAGGGCCACAAAAUUUUUCAGAAAAAAGAUGAAAAAUACCCCAACCCUCCCUCUUAAUUAAAAAUGUACCUUCCCUUGGCAGAAAGAUACACCUUUCUGGGAAUUAUUAACAUAUAAGGUUUUUAUUAAAGACCAGUCAGUAAGGUCAGUAUUUCUACAUCCAGAAGCAUAAUAUAUACCUUUCCCAUAGUGAGUUGUUAAAUUGUGCGCCAGCAGUAUAGUAUUUUGCCCUGCAAGUUUGACGAGUUUGCGCCUCAAGUUUAUAAAGUAUUUAAAGAACAAGAUGGUAGAUCAUUUGCAUGUCAAUUUUAAGGCCAUGCAGUAAGUUAAACUUUUGAGGUGAACUCCAAGACUGGACGGUGAACUUGGACAGGGUGACCUUGACAAAGUGACCUGUUGCAUGUAAUUGUGUUGUUGAUUGAAGUAAAACUGAGGUUAAAAUUUCUUAACCUAGAUUGAUCCUCAAUUUUUUUGUAUCAGAGUUAGGAGACAAAGGAAAUUGAUAAUCAACCUGUAGGUAAAAAAAUUGACCCGCCACAUGAAUAGGUGACCAGAAAAAAAAAAAUUCACUAUGAUAGUAUUUCAAUUCAUGUCAUUUCCACUAUUGUGUAUAUUACAUACUCACAAUGGCUUGCUCCCUAGUCGGCUUGAUUAGCUCAAUGAAUAGAGUGUUGUGUCUGGUCAUAUCAGGGUUGGAUUCCUGAUCAAGUCUGAAUUUGUUUGAGUUCUUUUUCAGCCUUAACUUGUAGGUUGUUUAUUCUACUGUGAUGAUAAAAUAUGUUCACUUUCGUAUCUGACUCACUUCUGUCUGACCCAGGUUCGACCCAUUUGCUGGCCCUCUUAGUGAACUAGAGAAGUGGAAACGCAGACAGAAACUUCUUACUAGUGUAACAGACCAGCUAAAAAGUAAGGACUGCAAGGGUGUGAUUGCCAUUCUUAUAACAGCCAAGUCAAAAGUAUUGAAGAGAUGGAAGGCUAUCGAUGGCAGGUACAGUGUAUUUGACAGUUUUUGUUUGAUUCAGAUAAUUACAUACAGUGUUUACUGUACCUUAGGGGAAAGGUUGCCUACAUUAAGAUAAUUGUUAAUCGUGGAAAAUUUUGAAGCUUGUGAUGAGUCUAGAAGUCUCAUUCUUGUUUUUUUUUUUACUUCUUGAAGUCUGGAACAUCUUGCGGCAAAGGCUCAGAUUUUCAAACUAUAGUGUCUCUGUCCUGCCGACUCUUGAAUUCUUCCUUGAAUUCCUCUCUUCCUAAUUCGUACCCCCCCCCCCCCUGGAAGGCCUAAUUAUAUUAUAAUGAGGCCUUCCAAGUUGGGGGGGGGAGUAUGCUGUUACUUUGUCGCUCAUAAUUUUGAAUUUAUGGCAGAUAUACACAGCGCCUGGAAAGAUUAUUAUUUUUCCAGAAAAAUAAUAGAUAAUGUUUGGUAAUAAGGGAAUAAAGAUUUUUUACUCCCCUGCUGAAACAGCCAAAAUGCAAAAGUAAACUGUCGUCACCAAGUCUUUUACUUCUUAAAAAAGUGACUGUCACUGUCACCUUCAUUUCUCUCCUCCUUUUCUGUUGAUUGUCAGUGCUUUCUGAGAGGAUUGUCGCCACUUUUUUGGGUCAUAUCGCAUGUCCCUUCUACCACUUGGAAGACCUCAUAAUUAUAAUUAUUAUAUUAUUGUGCCUUGUAUAGCUGUAAUUUUUUACAUGUACAAGGACAAGUUUAAUUUAAGGUAUACAGCAUGGUUUGAAAAUGUGAAGUGUGAAUAAUGUAUUUUUAACCUUGUUUUAUACCAUGUUUAUUCUCUCUUCUCCUCUUUAUUUCUUUUACUAUUGUUCAUUAGGCAGCCCACAGUACUUUAGGUCUGGCCCCAAUACUUUUAUGCUACAGAUAAAUUGUGUACUGUACAUUGUAUGCUUAACACAUUGUCAUUUUUUUGUCCUUCUUUACAGUAUCACUGAUGCUUUCAAUGAGACUAAGGAUAAAGUCAAGUACUUGGAGUCACUGCACAAAUACUUUGAUCAGUUACAUGUAGGAAAUUCCCUUGUAAACAUUUGUAGUAACACAUUGCCGGGGCUGAUGGCAAGUGUGCGACAGAUGGACGCUAUCUCACGGUACUAUGCUAGAAGUGGUUACCUGGGACUGUUAUUUUCUAAGGUAGGCAGUAAUGGACAUUUUACAGUCAAGCCAGGUUAAGCAUACCCCUCAAUAUUUCAUUAAUAAAUUUAUUAUUUGAAAGUUGAAUCUUAGUCAUUGAGGCAACUACAGCUGUAGUAUUAGCGUGCAAGGAGAGUCGUGUCCAAUAGCCCAGGGCUAGUGGAUUUUGCUAUUGGGCUAGUGAUUUUUGUUCUUAAUAUGCCCGACGGGCAAGUGUUGUUUUUUGGGGAAAUUCAAAUUACAGAAGGAAAAUUGUAAUCAAUCCCGCUAAUCAAAGGGUUUUGGGGCUAGUUCAAAUGACUUGUGGGCUAGAACAUGCUAGCUACAGCUUGCGCUGACUUUGUUUGCACCCUGAGUAUCAAAUUCAAAUCUGCAUUCCUGCAUGCGCAAUGAACAGUGAUUUUUUUACAAUAACUUCUCUGUAUUCAGUCAUAUUCGGAAAUAUCUUUGAAUGGACAAAAAUUAAGAAAACUGAUGAGCUGGUAGAAAUUUUAUUUUGUAACUAUCUUGCAUGUGAAUUCACUGCUCAUUAUGCAUGCAGGAAUGCAGAGAUGAAUAUGAAAUCUACUACGUACGCGUACCAACAGAUUCAACUUUCAAGUAAUAAAUUCAUUAACCAGCGUGCAAAGAAAGUGGUGUCCGACAGCCCGGAGCUAGUGGAUUUUGCUAUUGGGCUAGUAAAUUCUGUUUUCAACUUGCCAGAAGAACUUUUUGUGAAAAGAACAAGUCAAGUGCUGUUCAAAAAGCUUUUGGGCUAGUUGAAAUGACGUCUGGGCUAGUAAAUGUUAGCUUCAGCUUGCCUGAAUGGCAAGCUGUAAAAAUGAUUUUCUUUGCAACCUGAUUAAUGGAAUCUUGGUGGGUAUGCUUGACCUGGCUUGACUUAAAUGACCCUCCUUUGAGCCCCAAAUUAAUGUCCUUCUCCCAAAUUGUAGAUCACCAAUCAACUGGUACUGGCUGCAAGGAGCUACAUCAAAUCAAGCACAACAGUACAGGAGGAAGACAAACUCUGGAGCAAGGUCCAGGAAGAAAUGGACUCAUCCUUCAGCCAAACUGCACAUCAAACUAAACAAAAAGGAAAGAGAAAAGGAAAUAAGGACGUCUUGUUCAGCAGUGAUGAUGGCUUCCUUGGACGCCUUAAUGUCUGUUUGUCUUUACAGAAGCAGUACAGGGAUAUGCUUAGAAGUUUGAAGGACGGAUUAGGUGGCUCUCACAACUUGUCAAUGACUCCAAGUGUUCUGCAGCCUUCCAAACGUUCCAAUAUCACUAACAGCACCUCAAAUCUGAUGUCACCUAGUGCUGCUGGUAGCCCCUUAAGGCUGUCAUUCUCACAAAGUAAGUUUAUGCUCACUGUUGAUUUCUGUUGAUUGGAACUCAUUAUUUCUGUGUUGUGCCUUAGUGUUGUUUGCCUGUUGUCUCACCUGCUUUUUGGUGAAUUCUCUGUAAGACGGAGACAUAUCCAGCUGUCAUGUACUACAGCAUUGUUCAAAAGUGAAAAGACAACCUAUUGUAAGACUUGAUUCUUGACUCAAUUCUUGAUUCCUGUGAGAGUCGAUCAUUGAGAAUGAGGCAUUGAGAAUCAAUUGCGAGUCGAGAAUCGGGUUGCAUGAACUUUUUUGUUGCCUAUGACUUAAACUCUCUUGAUGAAAUAUUGCUUGGUGAAAAUUGUUGAUUAUUAAUUUUACAAAUUCAAGACUAUAAACAAAAAAGCUCUUUGCUGAAAGCCAGUUGGAAUAUACUGUAGGAUCACAGACAUACAAAAAAAUUGUGUUGAAAGGUAGAAAAAAUUGGGUACAAAGAAUCUCAUAAUUCUUGAAAGCAAGUGUUAGAACAAACAAUGGGAAGUGCUGUGUGAGUUUGUUGCACUUCUAAAAGAUUACAUCUCAUAAACUCAGAAGUACUUACAGUCAACUUUCUCUUAACAGACACCUCUAUACUUUAAGAUGGACACUUCUCUAAGAUGGGCACCUGAUGUUUUAUGAUCCCUGCUGUUUUUCUCUUAUUUUAUUGAAACUAUACUCUCUUUAAGAUGGACAUUUCUCUAAGACAGACAACAGACACUCUUGAAACCAUAAGCAGAAAAUUGUUAUGCAGUGAAAAAAACCUCAAAAUGAAAAUGUAGGUGCUCUACAUGACACUAGAUUGCAAAGUGUUUGAUAUUUUGUAGUCAUGCUCCAGUUUGUAGAGUUUUUAGACCACGAAGCUGUGAACAUUUGCUUGCCAUGAACAUUUGAUAGCGUAGUGAGAAAAUAAUUCCACUUUCCUGUUACAAUGUGCCAGUUGUGGUUGUUUUGUAUGAGUUAAAAUAAUAGACGUGUAUUCAUUGUGAGUAGGUUCAGUCUUAAAAUUACUGGUGUCAUGAUACUUCGACUCUUUAUAGCGAGACACCUCAAGGUGUCCAUCUUAGAGAGAGUUUACUGUGUAAAAUAUUCCAUUCUACUAAUUUUCAUCUAGUCUCUGUUACCUGCUUGGUAAAUGUAUGAAGAAGUUAUUCCAUUUUGCAUUUGAUUACAGCUGCAGUUCGCAGAAGUUGCAAUUUGCAAAUAAUAUUUUUUUGAUGUUCAUUUGUUCGCUUUAUACAUUAAUAAUUAUUUGCCCCUUCUUCAACAUCAAGGACACUCUUAAAUUUUACAACUGCUAUACAUAGAAUAAAAGAUUAGUACAUGCUCAUCUGAUGAAAAUGUUGUCAUAAUUUUUUUUGAAAAAAAAUUGGGUGUCAGAAAAUUUUGUCCUGAUCUUGAAACCUUGGAAGCAUCUUUUUGUGAUUUGUCUCGAAGUCUCGUUUUGGGUGAUUUUGCAUCUCGGAGUCUUGAUUUUUUCAAGUCUUGGUCUCAUGGUUUGAAUCAGGGGUCUCUAGCAGUCUUGCAAAGUCUCAAAUGUACCAUUCUAUACCCCUAGAUGGGAGAGUGCACUCCUCUACAUUCAUAAAAGAAUAGAAUUUCUCAGAUGAAUUUAAUUUUUGUCAGGGCCAAGUAACAGAAAUCACAUAGUCCCUAACCAUACCUGACUCAUUUAACUGAGUGACUGUUCUACAUAAGGUAAUAGAAUGAAAGGUGAUCACGACAGCAUCACAAGUCAUGGCAGCAGUGGCAUUGCAUUCACUGAUGAGGAGUCCAUCAUUGCACACCUGGAUAACUUCUGUAACCACAUCCGCAGUAUGAUAGACAUCAUUCACACUCUUUCACAGUUUUCUAAACUCUCUAAUGAUGUGAAGAACUUGCCACGUGUGCCAAGGGAUGUGGUGGUCAGUGGCCCACUAUCUGAGGAUGACCAGAAUAUUGGUGACUCACUUUUGAAAGUGGCAGCUGGUGAUAUCAGUGGUAUCAGGCCUGGAGCAAGUUCCAUCAGUAGUGGUGGCUCAGAACACAGUUAUCCUGCAGAAGGUACAUGUACUACUAGUCCACUUACUUUAGCAGCAAGACUCUAAGAAUGCAGGUGUUUCUUUUUUUUUCCAUGUGUGCAUGCCAAAAGGGGUCCAGGUCCCAAUCAUUCCUUGCAGAGACUGUGAAAACUGGGCAUAAAAAUUGCGGCGUGACUGGUCCCAUGCACGUUUUGUGAAGAAAGCUUUUCCAGAACAGGUGCCAUACAAAGAAUUUUACUUUGAAAAAAGGAAAGUACCUCAGUCCAGAAAAAGGUUGGUCCAUGGUGAGACUAAUUGGUUGGGUGUUGUAAGCUGUCAUCGUAUUCUAAUGAGUCUUGUGAUGAAUUGGUUUAUUUGGAAAAAAUGAAUACUGUUUUUGCAGUGGCCAAAAAAAAAAUUUUCGUGUAUUUAAAAGAGCAAAACUUUGAUGGUGAAACCUCGACUGCUAAUUGGUUUUAGGUUUCAUGUUGUCACCUCUUCAUUUCUUAUCAAAUCUCCAAGCAAGUAUUCUAAUUCAAGAGUCUUCUUGCUGAUUUAGUCAUGUGGUUUAUUUUCAAACUGUGAAUGAAUGUUCAUUGUUGAAUGAUGUGACCUGACACACGACCACAUUUUCAUCACAACCUAAUUAAUGUUGUUGCUGGUGGUUUUAAGUUUUCUCAUGCCUGAAUGGUUUUUUUAAACACAUAACAUUUGAGAAAUAUUUCUGGUGUUCACAACUAGUUUUGAUAGUUUGACAAUACAUGUAUACCUGUACUUGAAAUUAGCAUCUGCUCAGGUGAUUGUUUCUUGUAUUCCCUGUGAAUUUUUUGAAGAGUACAUUAUUCCCCAGCCCCAGAAAAAAUGAAUGUAUGUAAACUUUAUUUCCUGAUGUUUUAAGCAUAAACCUUCAACAUUAUAAAAUUUAUUUUGAAGAAUAACUUGUUAAAUGUAGCUAGUAUUCUUCUGUAUGAUGGUUUCGACAUAGUCUGCAUUAUACAUGUACAUACAUUAGUGGUAGCAAAAUUACAUGUAAUGAUGUUCAGUGCAAGGAAAGAGCGGCUUAAGACAGUUGCAUCUGAGUUGCAUAGAAGCAUUUGGUCAAAACGUGGAUCACGUUAAAGCUGAAUUACUUUCAUAUUUUUAAGGCUCAGUUGGCAGCAGCAGACAAGAUGGUGGGUUGAAAAGCAUUUUAGAGACCCUGGAUGAAGAGGAAGAAGUGAAGGAAGUGUACAGUACAAGUAUGGAGCCGCAGAGUAUUUCCUCCAUUCUUCAGGACGCUAUUCAUUCCAUCAGGUCCCCACUUGAGGGUGCUAUUACAACAGACACAUUCCUUGAUGUGGAAGGCAAAGACAAGGAAAAAUUUGAGGAGCACUACACUGCAUUUGUGGCAGGUGUGCAGCGGAUGGAGGUCUACGUUUGUAAUUAUCUCAAGGUAGCCUUUGAAAUUUAAUACUUUUUUGCCUUGUGUUCCUUGUCAUUUUUGUUCUUGAAAAGUUGGUAAAUAACAUGCCUGCAUCCUGUGCAGGUAUUUCUUUUUUGUCACCAUUAACCCUAUAGACAUUAAGUUUAUUGCUUAAUGAUUAUACAUCACUAAGCAAUUUUUUCCUGGCUGUGUUAACUUUAUAUACAUUAUCAACGUGUCAUCAAAAUGAAUGUGACUUUCCAUAUACUUUUUGGCCUUAUCUACUCGUUUACUUUAUUCGUUUAGGGUGUUUUUACACUGAAGUUAAACAUCAGGAGAGCUCUUUACAUUCUUACAAGGUAGACAUAUUAAAUAGCAUGAAGUCAUGUUGGAGAGUUUUACGCUACAUUUUUUUAUUACCAAUAAUUGAAUCAAAAAUUUAAUUGAGUAAAGCAAAAACUGACAGUUUUUAAUUUUUUUUUGAGAUUUCAUGUAUUAGUUGUAUAGAAAAGAAAGAAAGAGGAAGAACAAAAAAUAGAAAAACAGACACGGUAGUGUCUCUUUUUGCAAGAGCUUUUUUAAGGACACAGUGAUUGUUCUAGGUGGUAUACACUGUACAUGCACCUACACUCUCCAUGUAUUGUUAUUAAAAGGUUGGUUAUUUUUAUAACACAAUUACAUAAACCUCAGGCAGGGCUGUCAUUAAGGGCUGGGGGUCCAAGAUCCCAUACUACUACAAUAAUUGUCUUAUUUAAUGUAUUGUCUUUACCCAGGGUGAAAUAUAGCACCAAAUAUGGUCUAAAUUCUUUUAGCUAUAAUUUAACAUUUACGGCAUACUGCCUACUCCUUACAUUUGAGGAUAAUUAUGCUGCAAAACACUGGAAUGCUUUUUAAAUACCAGACAAUUUGCAUGCCUUAGCUGGAACUAAGGAAUUUGGCAACAGGGUUUGUGGUUCAAAGUUUUAAGUUUUUACAAUUCUUAUAACUUUUGUCAUUAAAUUACUAAUAUUAUUGCUACAUUACUAAUUACUAUAAAAUUUUUAACCUGAAAUUAUGAUUUAUAAAUCAAUUUCAGGUUAAAAAUUUUAUCAUAGUUAAUUCAUGUAGCAAUUAGUAACUCAAACUUUCAUUAUUUUUGUAUUUUUAGUUUCUGCUUUAAUUUUAGCAGUGGGAUAUCUGUAAACUAGCCGUAUGGCUAUUAAAGCAUACACCUGUAUUUACCAUGUAAAAUAAAGUGUCUAUGUCUAUGUCUAUGUCUUUAACAAAAUUAAUUUUGACUUAAACUCUAAAUGUGAGGUACUGUAUUCUACAUGUAAGUGAUGUAAAGUAUGUGUAUACCAUGGGAUCAUAGAAUCAAUAACAUUCAGCGAUAGAUGCAUCUCUAAGGCUGUGCUCUAAGAGAAAUUGAAGGGAGCCCAGUGCUCUGAACCUGUAAAAUCCAGGGUGCCCAGCAUAAGAUCUCUAUGAAAAAGCUAAUAUUUCCUAGUCACCCAAGAGCAAAAGUAUUGUGCCAGGGGCCACUGGACACUGCUAUAGAGCACAACCGUGAUCUCUAUUGAUGUACAGAAUGCAAGAAGAGGUUUUGAACUUUGGUGGAAAAAGUCUACUUGUAAGCUGUGAAAUAUUUCCUGCAAAUAAUACAAUGUAAAUUUAGGGACUUAAUUGUGUUGCUUCACUUCUUUACAGCUGGGUAAGGACAAGUGGCAUAAAUGUAAAAGCUAUAAUUUUUGAUUGAAGUGAAAAAUAUAGAGUACCCUUAACCCCUUGGAGUUAUGAUGAACUUUUGAGAACACCCCAUUAUACUAUCAGAGGCAUCUAAACACACGUGCUUUGUGCAUUGUCUUUAUGCAGCUUCAACUGUGUGAUAAACAGACCAGGUCUCAGAACAGUAUUGUCAGAAAAGUACCUUGAAGUGUUUGGCUGGUUUGAAACAGAGCUGGAAAGUGUGCAGAAAAUUUAUGAAAGUCAGAAGGUAAGUUGCUGUGUAAUGGGCAUGAUAAUGAAAGACUUACCAAUGCACACAUCUUGCCUAAGUUCAAUCCUGCUCUCUGAUCAUUUUUCAAACAUUUUUGGCCUUUUUCAUGAAACCAUUUUCAAUAACACAAGUAUCUGCUCACUUGUACUGUAGCUUAAGCAUUUGUGUCUCAAUGUGUCAAACUGACACCAUACCAGAAGCAUGUUUCCUUUUCGCUUAAAAUAUUUCUUUCUUUAGGAGAGUCCUCCACUUGUGCGCAAUUCACCUCUUGUUGCUGGUGCAAUAACUUGGUCAAGAGCUCUGUUAAAGAAGAUUGAAGAUCCCAUGAGGAUCUUCAAAGAAAAUAAGUUCAUCACAUCAUAUCGGGUGAGAAAUUUAAGUUGGGUUGAAUUCUAUGGAAGUGCUCCUAAAAGGAAGUCUUUGAGAAGGAAAGUGUGCUGUUUUAUCAUGAAGCAUUUCAAAAACGUUAUCAUUUGUAACACAUUUGACUGACUGUUGUGGUAAGCCAUUACUGAUUUCUCUUCUCCUAAGAAAUCCUUUUUAUGGUGGAAGCAUAUUUGCCGCUAAUCUCCUGUUAGUUUACAGGAACUAUACUCAAAUUAACACAAACAAAGAAUAGGUUUAAAAUCCCAACUGAGAGGGUGCAAACCAGUUGAAUAUUGCGAAUUUAGAUGCACCAACAUGGCCAACGUGUUGAACUACAUGUAGGCCCUGCCAGAAAUAAAUCUUUUAACGGUAAGAGAGGUUCCUGAACCCAUGGCUUGCCUACUGGGUAACCGGAGAUUUAAAUUACAUGUACAUAAACCCAGGCUAUGAAUGGUACUAUCAGUGUGUCCUGUUAAACUGUUUAAUUGUUUUGGCAUAUUAUUUUUAUCAGGAUUUUGGUCGCAUUGUCAAAUUCUACAAUCGCAUUGCCACAGCACUAGUGAAGUUUGAGAACCUUUGGCUGAGCCUGUGGAAGUCUGGCAUUGAAAAUGCAUGCAGUGGCCUGAAAGUAUCACUUCUGGCUUAUCAUCCUGAAACAAGACAACUUGUUGUCAAUGCUGAUGGAAGGUAAGGCAUUAAUGGCCCCAUUCGUCCCUUUAGAGUCAUUAUUGUAAUUGUGUCCAUGAUAAAUGGUGUAACCAGGGUAAAAUCUUUAUUCCAUCAGGGGUUUCAAUAAGAAUUGAAGUAGCCAGCAGAUUUGAAUACAUUAACCGACUGUAUCAACAGUCCACUUUUCCAAGGGGUGUCUGGGGGCAUGCUCCCUCAGAAAAUUUUAAAAUUAUUGCAAAGCCCUAAUAAGCGAUUUCCAGCGUUUAGGGGACUAAACUGAGUAUAAAAGAGUGAGUUUUCCAUUCAAGAAGAUUUGGGUUUUAGUCAAAUUUUGAUUUAUUAGCCACACAAUUUACUCCUACAAACAAUGAAUCGAACAAAUGAUAAUUAUACUAAGUUACACACAUUUCUCCGUGAACAAAUUAUAUUUUUGUGUAUGGCAUUAUUCAAACUAGUUGCUUCUUCUUGAGAAGAAAAAGUAGCCGACUUCUCUGAGCAAUGUAGUCGACGCGUUUCGUCGGUCGUCGGUGCUUAUUGAAACCCCUGUUCCAUACAUGUAGGGGACACAUUAUUGUACUAUGCAGUUUCUUGAUUCAAUCUGCCUCCACAUAUACAUGUAUUUUUUUCUUAUACUUUCCCAAUUCCGUUUAGCUCAGGACAUGUUGCUGGUACAUUUCUCCUGGUUCGCUUUUUACUGUUUUUAAACUAGUGGUACAAGACUUGGCAAUUCUUCAUUUUCUAAGGUUUGACCAUAUGUUAUUUUCAUAAUUCUAACAGAUUACUUGAGCUUAUUCAUGAAAGCAAAUCAUUACUGAGAUUGGGAAUACAGCUUCCAGAAAGUGCUGAAGACGUUCUAAAACAGGUAAUUGAAAGUGAAUACAAAAUGUACAAGUGCAGCUUGUAAUGUUAGCUUGAAAUAUAUCAUUGAUGAGGUACCCUUACAGUACGGUUAGAGAGGGCAUCAUCCAAGUGUCAACUAAAUGGACAUUUUUUAAAAUUUUUAUUUCUAGAGAAAGAUGUUGUCCACUAUGGCUUAAAUGUAUUGCUCAGUUUAUUGUUAGCCUUAUUGAUCACAACAUUUUGAGCAUUUGGGGCUACAUAUUCUAUUUAAUAUACUCCCCACCAACAAGGUUGUAGGACUGAAGGUUAGAUUUUCGGAAGAAAAUCCCCAAAAUUUUGAAUGUUUUUAGGACUGGCGCUACUGCUGAUUUGCAGAAAUCAUAACAAGAGCUAAACAUCAAGGGCAACUGAUGACUGUUUUCUGUAAAAUAUAUAUUCGGAGAAGCAAAAUAUUGCCUAGAAAAUACUAUUACUUAAGGCUUGCUAGAAAUUUCUAGAUGACUGUUCCAUUCAUGUACAAUUUUCGAACCUUAUCUAAUAAAUCCCCUACCAUUUUCUACAGUUUAAUUUUUCACUUUUCUCUCCUCAGGUUAGGCUAUUUUUCGUAGACAAAUGGAAAACUAUAAUUUUUCGGUUUCAAAAAUGUGAUGAAGAGAGGGAUUAUUAAAAUUCUGACUUUCGUAAUACGUCAAAUUACAUCUAAAAUUUUCAUUAAAAUAAAACUGAAGCCCUUGUAAUUUCGAAAAGACUCAAGUUCCCCUAUGAUGACCAAACAGAUACAAAUUUUAUAGCACCACUUAGAAUGCAUUUCAAGAGAUCUUUGAAGAGAGCUCUAGAUAUCCUAAAAAGACUUUUCAAUGCAUUUAGGAAGAAACCGUUGUUGGGUGUCCCUGACACAUCACACCUUAGCUGCAGCCUGCUACAUUCCACUCAUGGAUGGCUGACUUUGAACUUCACUGUUUACAUAUGAGGCUUGUCAUAAUUAUGUAAACUGACUGAUAUGCUUGGGGCAGAGUUGUUCCAAAGUAGUCAGUUUAGGGAUUUAUUUAAACCUGUUUCACAAACGUUAUUACCUAUGCGCUUGUUCUUUUGUCAGGAGCAUCGCCUUAAGGUUUACAAGCAGUCCCUGGAGCUAAUCCUACAGGAUUACUACAAAGUUUGCCAAGAUGUACCUGCACCCCUCUACAAGCUACUCACGCCCCACAUGGACUCGGUGUUACACUAUCUUCUACCUGGAGUGUCCACUUUGAAUUGGAGCAGUAUGAAUAUUGAUGCCUAUCUACACCAGGUGCAUUCUGCUAAUGCCAGGCUUAAGGAUGUUGUGGACAGUGUCAAGCAGGUUGUCUCUGAGGGGAUUGAGAAAAAGAUUGAAGAAAUUAGAAGAGUGAUCCUGUUUGACAAAAAGUUGGCUAAUUCUCGGGUCUGGAUUGUUGAGAGGUUUGUUGAGGACGAAUGUAACGCCGUGUCUCAACAGGGAAACCGGUUGCAUGAGAUGGUAAAAGAAGUAGAGAAUGCGUUACAGGUAAAUGAAUGUCUUACCUAGAUGAAAAUUAAAGAGAUGGCUUAACUAUGUGACUAUACAUGUACCUGUUAUCAGUGCAAGUGAAGGAAAGCAAUGCCUGAGGUGCAGGAAUAGGCCUUACUCAAAAUACCCACCCAUCAUUCUGUCAUGUGCAUGCAAAGAUGGCCACAAAUGUACCUGCCAUCUUUAAAUGCACGUAAAGGCUGAUUACAUGUGAACAAUGUCACCUGGUCUCUGAGGGUGAGGGGGGGGGUGGGAGAGAUGGAGGGAAACUUUCAGUUACUUACUGUACUUAUAUGUACUUAGGCCGGGAAUCGACCUGUACCACUUUGACAAAAUCUUUCCACAAGGCCGCAUCAAGCAGUCGUCUCUUUCUUCGGUAUUCUUCAGUCCAGUGCCAGCCUUGAUGCUAUCAGUGAAUGUAGUUCUUGGUCUAACUCGGUGUGGGUGUCCAUGUUGCAGUUUGCAAAACAGCACGUUUGAAGAAGUUUGUUAAUUGCGAUGAUGGCAAUGACAAGCACAAACGGGUGGCAAACAUCUGUUAGAACCAGAAAAUACAAUUGUAACCAUGGCCAAGUUUGUUAGUUCCUUCCAUAUGUGACAACAAUGUUCAGCUACUUGUAAAUCAUAAUUUAUAUGUGGGUUUGGUUUCGUCCAAGUUUUGCUUCAUUGCGUACUUCUAGGAAAACCACUGGUCAUGGCGGCAUCAAAAAAUGAUGCAAUGAUUUCCUCUAUCCACAUCUGACCUAAUCAUUUUCAAGACCACCCACAAAAAAUGCAUAAAAAACAUGUUCACAAUAAGAUGUUGUUCUUUUUUCUUUGUUCGCAUAUAUAAGUAUUAGUUUUAUAUGCCCGCUUUCAUUAUCUUAGUCACCACCUUAGUAUAUAAUUUAUUUUAAGAUGGCUUUAUACUUCAGAGCAUUUUACUGCAUAUCCCACUGCCAUUUGGGUCAUAAAGGUAGAUCCUUUUAGAAUGCAGGCUUAGACCAAAACAGAUAGCCUGCCCAAAAACUCUGAAGAGUCAUCCCAAAAAGUCACUAAUUAAAAAUGUUAAUUAGGCAGAAAGAGUAAUCAAACACCACAAAGUUCAGAAAAAAUUGUAAAUUCCAGGUGAGACUCGAACUCAAGACUCUGCGAGUUGUAGAUCGGAUGCACUAACCACUGAGUUACUGGAGGCUCUAUGGUGGGGAGGGUCGAAAUUUGAUGACAGUCGAACCUCUACUAACGGUUACCUCUCCACAAGUCAACGGCCACUUAGUUGGCGGACAGUCCAUACAUUGACUCUUGUUUAAACCUCUCUACAACGACUACUUUUUUCUGUCCCCAAGGUGGCCGUUGUGAAGAGGUUCAACUGUAUACCAGCCAUAGAGGACUGUAUUGUGGACUUGCUCAAAAUUAGCUGUCCACCGUCUAAAUGUAUUCCUAAAUCUUUCCUCCUGUAGGAAGUUAUUGCUCUUGCAAACCAGCGACGUAUUUCCUCGCCUGCAAGUCCUCAGAUCACACCCGCUCCAAGCAUGAGUUACGGUUUGGAUAAAACUGGUCCAAUACUAACCCCUCGUCUGACAAGAAUCGGCACCAUUAUGUCUUCUGCCCCUGGGACGCGAGCAGCAACCGCUGUGAGUGGUUUGACUGAUGAGACUGUCAUUGGUGACAUCUUUGGCUACUACUGUAGUCUUGUAUAUCAAGCAGUUUUGGAGUGCAUUGUGUCCUCUCUUGCUGUAAUUGGUGAUUGUGUGAAACCCCCUGGAAGAAUGCAGAGUGGGAUUGACGUGCAAAGCAGGAAGACCUCACGGUUUGUAGCUGUGAUUCUAUUUCAAAUUAUCGACUGUCCUGUCCUGUCCUGUCCUGUAGCUUUGUUAAGUAAACUGCAGAAGAGUAGUAGCCUGUCAUGAAAACAGAAAUGCUACCGUGCCAAUUGUCUCAUUGACUACUUUUCAACUUUACAAUUUAUUGUUUUCGUCCAUACAUCUAAUAACUGGGUACUGGCUAGUGGCAGCUCUGAAAUAAAUGGGUGACCCUUUUAAAAGGUUGCAAUUUGACAGCUCUAUUGCUUGAUGUUCGUGUCUCCACAAUCAUUAUUAUUACUAAACGUUACAGACAACUCGAUUAGGUCAAUCCAUCCUCUUAUUUUGAUGAUAAUAGAUACAGUUCAAGCUCUUUGAAAGCUUCAUGCCUCAAACGUGAUUAUAACCGGUUUUUGCACGUUUUGGGAACGUCGAGGCCAAGACGUCUAGUGUGAGCGUUUUUAGAGACAUAGGACGAAAAGAUGAAGCGAAACCAGUGCUUCAACGUUUUUUUCUUCUGUUUUACAAACAACGCUGCCUCGACUUAUUGGCCUGUUUGUUUACCAAACAAAGUUAAAAUCAGAGAAGAAAAAUCUCUGGGCAAUGUUUUUGUUAAGGUUACCUUGAAGAAGCAGAACGAGUUCAGCCUUAAAUAGAAGCCGUGAAUAGUUUCAGUUUGUGUUUGUCGACCUUCCAUGGCAUAACAGCCUGAGACAUUUCUGUCAUGUUUGAGGUGUGGAAAAUGCGUCCUGGUGACGUCAGUCACUGUAUAAGGGAGCCCGAACGGUCAAACCUUAAAACGGAUUCCAUUAGGAAAUUGAGUCAUUUUAAUUUUCAGUGCGAGACAAAAACUUUGUACCAGAAUAAUUUCAAGCAUAUUUCAUUCUUUUUUACAUUUUUUCGAGUGCUUAUAAUGUAAUAAGUUAUAUGAAAUAACUUCAAAGAAAAGGAUCUUGUGGGAGCCCGAGAAAACAAACUUCAAAAGCUUCAAAUUUCACAAAAUGAAAUCGUAGGCAUGACGAAUUUAUCUGUGUUUUCUGAAUUCCUGUGAAAUUUGAAUUUUAUUUUCUCAGGCUCCCAUAAGAAAUUGUGUGUGGUGUUAUUACAGAUAAGUAAUUUCAUCUAUAGCCCUUGAAAAGUGGAAAAAAGAGUGCAAUAUGACUUAAAAUAUUCUGGUAGAAGGUUUUUGUCCACUGAAAAUUAAAACUACUCAAUUUCCUGAUGGAUUCCUUCUUAAUCUGGUUUCGGCAACAUGAAGCACAUAGGGGUAUUGCUACUCCCAACCACCCCCAGAUGGGAUGCUAAUCAAUCGCAAGUGCCCCUUUAAGCUCUUAACGUAAUCAUGGAAUGGCAAUUGUCUUGCGCGUGUCUAGGUCCUCAUGGGAUGCCUUCUCAGACGACGGAUCAGAAUUCAGCGAUUACCCAGAGUCUUUGAAUUCCCAAGUUUCUGACUGGAGUACAAGUAAUCUGGAAGAAUUACUUCAGUUUGAAGUGGAUGUGCAAUUUAAUAUCCCAGACAUUGUGAUCAAGCCUUCUUUGCACACCAUACAAGGCGGUGUUCAGCGUGUUGCUGCCCAUUUGGUGGAUGUCUCUAAAACAAUUAUGUGGUGGGCAGCAGAUGUAAAUGAGUCUUUUCAUCGUUCUGUGGCGCAAGAUGAACAAGUUAUUAGGUCAUUACAAGAGCUAUCUUCUGCUGUUACAAGUAUGGUUCCUAGAUUUUUUCAUACUUAUGAUAUGCAGACUUCUGAGAACUGUUUCUAGAGUUUAGCCUUUUUCGUUGAUUUGUAUGAUUGUGAACUAAAUACAUGUAUCAGUCUCUAGUCUGAAUUUCAAUACCCUUUGCUUCACAAAUUGAAGAGAAACUCAUGCCCCAGUCGACCUUUUACUGUUGUGUUUCAGUUGCUUUCAAUGUCAUUGUAAUUUCAUUCCAUUGUUGUAUUGUUCAUCACCAGUCUAAGGUCAUGUUAUCAUGUGAGCUUAAAAGUAAUUGUUUUCGUCUCGAAUAAUUGUUAAAUAUUUUGAACAGUAUAUCCACAUAGGCAUAUGUAGAUGUUUUGGGUAGGAGUUUGUCCACUUGAUAAUGCCAUCCACUUUUCUUCUGAAUACUUUAUUGUAGUCUAACUUGGUGCUAUUAUCGCCCAUUUCACUAUUCCAAACAUCUGUUUAAGGUGGCUGAACACAGUUUUGUCCAACUCGCGUGAUAAAUUAGACAAACAAACAUGGCGGCGAAAAAGCAAUGGUUUUUUCUUCUAUUAAUCAAAAUUUUGAAUUUGGCACUUUUAUCGUAUUCUAAAUAAUGAGAACUUUAAAAUGGUUGAACAGACGAAUUUUGUGAUACAUUUAAUAAUUGCAAUACAAUUAUAUUAAUGAUUAUCUGAAAACCCGUCUGUUAAAAUUUGGUCAAAUAAGUUUCAAAUGGUUCCAAACAUCUAAUGUUUAAAACUGAGCAAAAGUAAAUUUUAAGGUUGUAUUCAAUCGUUCAUGUUUAACGAAAACGUCACAUUUUACCUGUCGAUCAAAAUCUUUCAUCAGUAUAUUUUUCACUUCCCAAAAAUUAAAUGACAUAUACUUUAACCUUAAUGAUAAGGCCACUUCACAGCAAACUUUAACAGGUUGAAACAGUUGAGGCAGUUGUUCAAGUUUCGUCGAUAUGACUUCCUUUGGAAAGAUGACAUGCAUGCCUUGUAUCAGGCUUUUGUUGACAGUGACCCUGGAACAACCAUGUUCAAAUACGAGGUUGAGAGACUGCAGUCCAUAGAGCAGGAUGUCUUGGAAAUUCCUGGAAGGUUGACUGUUGGCUCAGUGUGCUUAAACACUUCACCUAUUAAAGAUUCUUUGCAUGGCUUUGCAGUGGCUUGGAAAAUGAGAUACUCAACUCAGUUACAUGAGGAGGCUAAGGUUUGUUAACUGGUGAUGUUGUUGGUACAGUGCCCUGUUUUAUCAUGUAAUACCACGAUAAACGUAUUAUGAAGCUCUUUAUGCAAUAAGAAGUCACUGACUGGUCGUGUAAGCCUUUAAAUCGAAGAAACAAUAGUUAGCCAAUAUAGUUACGUGUAAUGUAGCUGUUUCAAUAUCCCAGGGUCGGAUUGUUCAGACAACAUGGAAGCUUAGCCACGGCUUAAUAGUAACCGCUAGACCGAGAAUCAACAAUUAUUAUAAUUGAGAGCUUAAACAACCACAACGAAGACGAGAUCGAGAGCGUCAAGAAACAAUUGGUUUUAUGAGCAAAACAAUAGCUUUGCAUGUGCGUCUCGCUUUUUAGUACAUUUCUUUGACGUCUACGACUACAACGUGAACCCCCCUCUAUUGGGACGUGUAAGUUGGUGAACGUACGGCGACAAAUUUUUCUUUCUCUUUUUUACCCAGGAUAAAAUGCUUAAGAAUUCAACUCCAGGAAAAAAUCGCCUACAUUUUAGCAAAUAGACACGAUAGAGUUUGUAAAGACGCAAAUUCAUUUUUUUGCGAUGUUUUUAUUGCCGCCGUCGUCGCCCCCGUUGCUUAAGCUCCCUGAUACGCUUUUGUGAUAGGACCUAUACGCCUUUGGCUAAGCGAUCGGUUAUCGAAAAAUAUCGUUGAACUAAGUGGAUGUCAAAUUGCCCGUCCACGGUUGUAUGAAUAUUUCUGGCGUUAGCACAUUUUGGUUGGCCAUUGCCUCUGUCAUUUGUAGCCUUAGAUGAACUCUUCACUUUAUUACUAAGCUUCCCAGGCUGAUAGAACUCUGUGACGGCACUUAUCACAAGUCGAAGCAUACGAAAUGCGUUUUAUUUGGUGUCUUUUAGAUUGAACUUGAUAAGAUAGUUACGCACAGGAACAGCAUUUAUGAACGUCUUUCACAACCAGUUGUCACUUUAGAUGAGCUGAAUAGUGCCUUUCAACUUCUUCAAGAACUGGGAGACAUGGAAAACACUAUUGAUGACAUCUAUCUACCAGUGGAGAAUAUAUACGCAAAGUUAAGGUACUACCGUAUUUAUUCGAUUAACCGCCCUGGGCGCUUAAUAAAUUUUUGGACCUUGAGAGUGGGCGCUUAUUCGAGGUGGGCGCUUAUUCGAGGCAGGGCGCUUAUUAAAUUUUCACCAUUCUCAGCAAGUGUAGUAGUAUAUUUUGCAGCAAAACAGUAAAUGCUAAUAACAAAAAGCGAAGAUGUAACAAAGCAAGGUUUCUGUACAAUACUACCUGAAGAAAACUCCGUCCUCGGGAGGGUCUCUUAUUAUAUCUUAUUGGAGUUUUUGUGGGAGGGAGUGGGGUGGGGUGGGCGCUUAUUCGAGGCUGGGCGCUUAUUAACUUUUUCUGCCUUUAGGAUGGGCGCUUAUUCGAGGUGAGCGCUAAUUCGAGGUUGGGCGCUUAUUCGAAUAAAUACGGUACCUCACAAACAGAGAUUUCUGCACACCUUAAACUGAGGAUAGUGACUUAAACUGUGAUUGUGACGCGAUCAUCGGUUAACAAAGCUACCACAGUUAAAACUAUGACACAAAGUUGCACACAAAGUUAAUGUAAGGUGUUUAGUGAGUAGAAUUGAUACGCUAAUUCGCCAAUUUGAAAAUUUACGGCAAUUCUCUCUGGUCACAUGUCUUUUAAAAUGAGUAUGCUUCUAAGUAAAGACCAUUCCUUUUUUCUUCAUCCUUGUACUUGACAAAUGCGUAGUUUUUACAGUGCAAAGUUAAUUUCAGGCUAAUUUUGAUUUAAACUGUUGUCUCAGUCAAAAUUGUUGGGACACUCUACUGAAUAAGCUGUGGUUGCCAAAAUUACUGUCACCGCCGUAGCCAGUAUGAGGCGAACCGAGGCACUCGCCUCGGUAAAAUUUUACCAAAUACUGUCGAUUUUUAUUUUUUUUUAUCAGACUGAUAAUAUUAGAAGAUUUCAUACGGCUGAUUUCGUACAACGAACCGUGUGUUCGCCUCGGUUGUAGUUUCUUCCUGGCUACGGCCCUGACUGUUUUCCAAAAGUGACUAAGAUGGGGUCUAUAAUAUGGCCACAUAGUAGACUAUAAUCGGGUUGGGGUUCUGAGAGGCCAGCGGCGCCUACUCAGCAAAAAUUAACCCAACUAACCCCCCGGUCUUAUAUGUAGUCUCCCCUUUUAAGGACGUUUGUCCCCUCCCUCUGCUAUAACCCUAAUGUGUAAAUGAUUUAGAUUUCUCUUUUGCAUCUCCGUUUGUCUGGGCAGGGAGUACAAUCUAUAUCUUCCAAGAAGGGAAGUAGAAGAAGUUGACAAUCUGCGUGAUGAGUGGAUCAAGUUAAUGGAAUUAGCCGAAAAAGUGAGUUCAAUGAAACAUUUUGUGAGCUUUCACAUAAUUUCGUAUUACUGUAGAUAGCCUCCCUUGUUGUUUUCCAUUGCAUUGUGAUGUUGCUGUACUUACUUUUAGGUCCGAGACGAGUUAUUGGUUCGAAAGCGAGGAAUGUUUGAACAAGAGGUAGACAAAGAAGUGAAGGUAAUUAUAAAGCAAGAGUGAUGAAUUUUCAUUUACUCCUCUUAAAAUCUCGCGAUCAAUUUUUUGUUGCGGAUGUUGUUCAGUUUGGGCUGGUUAGGUGAUAUGAGAGGUAGACAUGGUCCAUUGACGCUCUGGGAGAAGACAAACCAAGGACAUCACCAUUUUAAAUGACCUCAGCUGUUUCAGGGUGUCCAGUUCCUAUUUUUGCUACGUUUUAGCUGGUGAAGCCAAAAUUUGUAACAGAAUUGAAAAUGGAAUUAAAGUUGUGUGUGUUUUUGAGUGAGAUUUAUCAUAAAGCAAGUAGUAUUUUGACUUUGAUGUUCUAAUCUGAGCAAAAAUACUAGUUACACUUGUUCCUUCCAUGACCUCUAUUACCUAUUAGAGUUCUGCUAACAAGUUUGUGAUAUUGUUACUUUUUGUAUAAUUUUCUAGUGCACUUGCAUGUAUUGUAUGCAGUGUUAUAGUUCUCAUGACUAUUGAAUAAUACUGUGCAGAGCCCACUGAAACUGCAUUUCAGUAUAUGCAUGUUCUUUCGCGCUUUUAUGUUCAUCUUUGAAACUGAAAACAGGAUCAAGUUGUCCUUUCACAACACAGAGUAGAUAAAUCAUCCAAUCAGUUUCUUGUUUAAAAAACCAAUCACCAGCCUGAUUCUGGAUGCUACAUGAAAAGAACAGACUAAAGUCCAGUUUACGGCACCAGCUCCCUUGGUGAGCCCUUGUUAACAGCUAUACCUUAGCAACUGAAAAAAAUGAAAAAUUAUGCUGGUGUUUUCUUUUUUCAGGGUUUUGUAGUGAAUGUGAUCCAGUUUCGUAAUAGCUUUGACUCACAGGGUCCCGGGGUACCUGGAGUAAGACCAGCUGAGGCUGUUACAAGACUUCAUGAUUUCCAACAGCGUUACACCCAGUUUGAAGCUAAGAGAAAGACUCUGGAUUCUGUCCAGCUCCUCUUUGGAAUUGUUCCUACGCCUUUCCCUGAGCUGGAUAAGACAGGAGAGGUGAGAAUAACUUGAGACGCUGUACCUUAUUUGGGUUUAAAUGGCCUGUCCAUAAUCACGUGCUUGUGAACGCCUUCUUUGCAUGGAAGGGAGAAGGCAGCAUGUGUUACAUCUCACAUAUGUGUGGCUUAAAAACAGGCCGUUUUUUUCGUCAAAGUGUUUCAGCAUUUUCGCCAAAUGUUAUUUGGUGGUGCCUUGACGUUGAUCUCAUUAAGACCGUUUCUCUUUUCUCUUCAAAGGAGUUGGAGCUUCUUGGCUUACUGUAUGGUCUAUUUCAGCAGUUUAUUUCUUUUGAUCAGAGGUGGGUACAUUCGAUGGUUAUUUUGGUUUGGGUUCUCAGGUUUAACACAAAUUUGCGUAGUUUCUCAAAUGGACAUUACAGUCAAACCCCUCUCUACAGACACCUGAUUAUUACGGACAUUGUACUUUUUCCCUGGGGAAAGAAAGCCCUGAUAUUUUCUCUUCUAACUGUUUAAUACGGACACUUCGUUAAUACGGAGAGACUUUCUAUGGCCCCGUCAGUAUUAAUGGGGUUUGACUGUGUUUUAGUUAGUUUGUGGCCUUAACUUUUGAGACUGUGAAUGAAACCCUAUGGUGUCACCAUUCAAUUGAGUUCUUCUUAGCAGUAUUUUCACUUGGUAUUCCAAUUUUUGUGGCAUUUUAUCAAAAUGAAAUGAAAAACGUUUCUUGAGGUUUGACUGUGGCCAACUCUGGGAGUAAAAGACAGUAACUAGUCCAUUUGUGUUGUACAAGUUGUAUUGACCAGUUUUGUUGUCUUUACCUGUUUAGGUUUAGGGAUACCUUGUGGUCAGAAGUGGACCUCAUAGUAGCAAACCAGGAGGUAAAACAACAACUUGUAAACCAAGGCUGAUCCGGCUGUUCUUAUUUGCUUUCUUUUUCUUGUUUGCAUUCAGUACGGACUGUGCCAGAUGAAUUAUUUCAGACCGUGCCUUGUAUUUGAUAAGAUGAUAUGUAAAGCUAAUUAAACGCUUUUUGAAAAACUGGCUGGUCUUUUUGGUAAAUAUAGUUCACGUUUCUUGAUUUGCAAUUUGUUCCUUAUUUUGGUUGUGAUAUUUUGUUAGGCGUUUGUCGGUGAAUUAGUUUAGUCACCGUACAUGUAACACUUGUUGAACUUGCAUUCUUUGGGAAAUUAUGAGAGGGCUCUAAUAGUGUCUUUUAUCCUUUCGUUUUCUGCAUUAAAUGACUCCUGUCAUAGAGUAGUUAAACGUUUAUGUUAUUAAUCUUAUUUAUUAGUCAUCACAUUACCUAUCUUCUUUUUCAGUUGCACAUAAGUCUGAGGUACACUUCCUCCAUCUCAACCUGUAUCUAGCUUCUAACCUUGCCUCCUCACAUGUAUUCCAUCCCCGGAGUCCCAUUACACACCGUCCGGCUCCUUGUUAGCGCUUUCGACCUUCCAUUUUUCCACAGGAUUCUAUGUGAGGACCUUGAAGCCAUGAUAUCAAGCACAAUCCCUCACCACUGCCCCCUACUUUUCUUAACCUCUACACUUAGGCGAACAUUUUCAAACCCCCUUACUUCCGUGAGUUUGUCGAUCGAAAUAUUAUACGGCCCGAAAAUGCCUAAACGUUGAAGUGAAUUUAGCCUGUCAUUGCCCUUGGCGUUCAUUAUUUUGUGUGUAACCCAACCUUUUUUCGUAGAUGGAGCAUUAUUGGCAGGAAUGCCUUCGUCUGCCGCAAAGAAUACAAGAGUGGGAUGCCUACAAAGAAAUGAGAGAUGCCAUCAAAAACUACUUAGACGUUUUUCCAACUCUGCACAAACUCAAUUCCAAGGUAGGAAGCUUUACUUGGCAAGCAAUAUGCCGUAAGGGUAAGUCAAAAAAAUACAAACAAACAAACAUACAAAGCACCGUAAUUAUUUUUCACUUAGUCUUAGUCUCAACAGUCCUAUUCAGGACUACUUUCACCCCGGACGAUCAAACUCAACCUACUUUGAAAUGACUCCUGGGUUCAAACCUUUCACAGAAAGUCUUAUACAGACAUUUUCACAAACUUUUAACACUUAUCUGCUAUUACAUAUCCGCCCACGUGAAUGUAGUCCCGUUUACAUUUGUUGGUGACAGUGGCUGACGUUUUAAUAACUUUUGCAGAAGUCGUCAUCAUAGUCAAGCUGAACUGUGUAUCGACAUCACUGUUUUUCAAGACGACACUUAUCUAUGAUCAUCAUGCGCAACCCUCUUUUUGACAUGAAUCCUGCGUUUAAUCCCUAUAAAAAGUGUUACUUACUGUUUCGUAGAGCAGUUUUUGUCAUUUUUGUAUACUGGGUUUCAGGCUUCGUGGAAAAGGUAUAAUCAGCAAAUGCUGAGGAAAUUGAGCAAAACUCUCUAGUAAUACUCUUUUCACGAUAUUGUUAAUUUUACAGGAAAUACGGAAUCGUCAUUGGCUGCAAGUGAUGAGCGUCACUGGAUCAUCAUUCCAGCUUGAAGCGCACAUCUUUAAGCUCGUUCAUCUACUGGACAUUGGGUUACUUCAGUAAGUUACCGUUAGAAAGUACAUUGUUCCAUUUUGCGUUUGAAGGUUCUCUUUUUGGACAAGGAUUUUUGUUCAUUCCGUGGAUAUGCGGUUUAAAUUUUUGGAUAUGAUCGGUAGUUUCUUCCUGACGUAAAUUUGCGGGAGGUCUCAGGAUAACUAAAGUACUGUAUUUUAAAGUAUUUUUAUAAAGCCAUUCAGUCAAACCAUUGUCCUUUUAAUUAACAAACGUUGUUAAUUACGCGCACUCUUAACGAUAAUUCAUUGUUACCAUUUUUCUGUUUGUAGACACCAGGCGGCCAUUGAGGAAAUCUGCAGAUGUGCAAGCAGAGAACUGGAGCUGGAAGCCAAAAUGAGGAGCACCGAAGAAGAGUGGACAGAGCAGGUUCGGUGUACCACGCAGUAUAUCCUUUGCAUUUUGACCUUAUAUCUUUUAGAACCGGCACAAUGGAAAGGUAGCCCUAUUUGUACCCGUAUAUACUACUUACACAGUUCACUUUCGAUCCCUGUUUACCAUUUGUAUCCUAGCCGAGGUUCUUAUUUUUUCAUGACAGUGUCGCAACUUCGUCUCCAUCCACCCCUGGAUCUGGUAUUACAUUAUGUUCCCUCAUAUUAACGUAUACUACUUACACAUUUUAUUAUUAUCUUCAUUCAGUCCCAGCAAGCUAAUAAAUGUUUGUUCGAUUUUACUUAUUUGACCUUGCUGUUCUUAUGGUCGCUACCCGUUUUUUUGCAGAUAAUAUAAACACCAAUUGAUAUGCGUUCCCUGGAUGUCUACAUAUCGAACUCUCUCUAAGAUACACGCCCUUUAGACCGCUACUUAUCCUUCUUACGAGAUGGCCUUCGUAAAGAGAGUCAGUGAAAAGGGGAGAAGAAAGGCAGGGACCAACCCUACAUGUCCGUUUUAGUGAGAUGUUGUCUUAUUGAGGUGUCCUUUAAGGGAGAGUUGACAUAUAACACUGCCGUCCUUCCUGAUAUUGUUUAGGGAAGUCCGUCCCUUAGAGAGUCAACUUAAAGGAGUAAAGAAAGACACGGACCUUUUUAGGUGUCUAAGUUUGCGAGGUAUCCAUCUUGUAGAGCUGUCUGUUAAGGUAGAGUUUACGCGCAUAAAACUGCGAUGCUAUCUUUUGUUGUGUACAGGUUCUCACAUUUGAGAAUUUCAAGAACAGAGGUUUAGUUUGCUUGAGCCACAGUAACACCGAACACCUGUUGGACCUUUUGGAAGAUGCACAGGCCACCCUUGCUUUGAUGCUUACGUCACGUCACAUAGGUCCACUUCGUGAUGAGGCAGCGGCAUGGGCUAUCAAGUUGAAAGAGAUCAGUGAAGUCCUGGAACAGGUAAGACUGAACAGGUUAGAAGAAAAUAAAACGCUUUGUUCUGAAAGCAAAUAACAGCAUUUUUGGCAUUGGAAGGCAUCUAUGGUCAGGACAGAUGUAAUCUAAUUAUUCAUAGUUCUCCUUUGUUUAAGCGUUAAUUUCUUCUUGCAUUCAAAACGCAGACAAAUUGUUUAGAUUUAUUGCUGUAGCGAAGCACUCCUCGGGGCAGUGGUCAAACAAGUGUGCUCGACAGGGAAUGUUCCUGGCAAGGGUUAGAGGUCUGACGCCAGUUGGUGGAUAGGGCUAUAUAUUGGAUAAAGCACUAUCCACGUGAUAGCGCAAUUGGUUUCCCUAAUACUUAUCCACCUUUUGAACAACCGGGUGCUGUACAAGGCACCACCUAUCUGUUGAUUCUGAUAGACACCACAUUUUGGGCCUAAAAAUUGUCGAUGACAAAACAAUGUGUGUGCGUGCAGCUUGCAGUGUCAGACAAACAUCACAGGGACAUUUGAAUCAACAAUGUCCGGCAAACUCCACCAGGUUACUUUCGCCAACAACUAUAAUCCACUGGAGUUACCGGGCGUCUAAUGUACAAAAUACCUCGUUCUUUAAGCCAUAACCCGAGACAAGCACCCUAUCCACAUGUAAUACACCUGAUUCUUUAAGAUGACUACAAAGAAAUGAGAGACAACGUCAAAAAGUAAUUAGACAUUUUCCUAACGCUGCACAAAAUCAGUAACUUGAUCAGUAGCUUUUGCUAGUUAUUUACGUUAUGACCCGUGUCAAGCACUUUAUAUAAUGUGAUUGAUAUAAUUUUAAGUCGUACACGAAUAGAAAUGAGGGAGUCCAGUGGAAGCUAUUCGUGUUUCCAGUGGGAUCUAGUCGUGUGUAUUGGGCAACCCUCGAAAAGGAAGCAAUAGUUUUGACCACCUCCCCUAGUUUAGUGAGUAGUAUGUUCUUCCUCUAUUCCCAGUAGCGUAUCCUUCUAUCACACCCCCUUUAUAUGGCGUUUCACUUUUUCUUUUACCAUGAUUGCCAUGUAGAUUUUCCCGAUUCUUUUGUUUGUAGUGGUUGACAGUGCAAGAUUUGUGGCAACACCUUGAGGAGGUGUUCAGCCAUAGUGGAACAGCCAAGGUACUUUUGAAUAUAGAAUAUACUGUGAUAGUAGUAAAUGAUUUUACCCUUGCAUGACGAACACUAAGAGCAACAAAUAGUUAAGUUUUCUCCUUCAGAGAGGGCAUAUGGCCGGCUGAGGUAACCAUUUUAGUUGAAGAAACCAGAAAAGGUUGUGAAAGUAAAUUAGUUUUUUUCAAAUUUCUUUUAAUUGAUUACCGUGUGAAUCUUUAGCUACGAAAUGAUAGUCUUUUGUCUUUGAUCUAUCCAGUCAUCAAGUCUGACCGUAGGUAGUAUCGCGUUGGACUUGUCAAAUUUUCUUCAGACAUUGUCCGAUUGUCAACUGUUAUUUGCUACUCUGGGACCUUGUGGAAACCACUCUACAAGGACUAUUUGAAAGUGUCCACAGCUGCUCCGUCAUACCUACUUGCGACACCUGGAUCAUACAUUCGCAGAUUGAGUUGUAUAUCACAAGGGCGUAAUAGACCUCCUUAGGCUAACAGCAGCGCUGGCACAGAGUGUUUGAAUUGGCCAAGUGUAUGUAGUCUGUAACAUCCAUUUAGAGUUGUGUUAACCAAUUGUUUUGUAGGAUCUUCCCCAAGAAUACAACCGUUUUGCAAGAGUGGAUAAGAGUUAUAUGAAGAUGAUGAAAAGAGCUUAUGAAACGAGAAAUGUACUGCAGGUAAUUAUUCAGCUGAACUUAUAGAAGGUCGCUCGUGAAAUAAGCAAGUGGGAAAAUAAACUUGGUAAACAUUACCAUCUUACACUGCUCGUUUGGUAAGAAACGGUACUUGUAGAUAUACCACGAUGCCCCCGUUAUUGUUUGGUUCUAGAAUUUAAAAAAAAAGAAAAACGCCUCGCGUCGCAUUUUCUAAGUAAUCAACCCAGCUUGCCCCCAGUUCACCCCCUUCCAAAGAGCAUUAGUCCAGUUUGCAGAAAUUCCAGGGCGCCUGUUCUUUGUGGUUUGAGGUGUUUCAACAAUUGAAGCUGAGUGCACGAGUCAGGGGGAAGACAGUUUGCAUCAAUGCAAGGGUUGCGGGAGUUGAAGAAAUGUUACGAAAAAAAGAAAAAUGAAACGAAGUCAACAAAAACAACCAGACAAAUUAACUCCAUAAAAACCUCGUAACUCCCUCUUUCAUCAUGGCUACCAGGUUGAAGUGGAAGCUAUCAGAAAUAAAAAGAAAAAAACAUCCAAAAAUUUAUCAAUAGUUGCAUCAGACAUCAUCAAGUGACAGUGGACAGACUUUUUAGAUUAUGGGUAGCCUUGGCAAUGUUUUCAAUUGUCUUUUCCUAGUGCUGUGUUGGUGGUGAUGUACCAAAAAGUCAAAUGUUAAAGCAUCUUGGUGAAGAGCUGGAAAUCUGCUUCAAGUCGCUCGUGGGGUUUUUGGAUUCAAAGCGAAAGGUGGGUACAGUAUUUAAGUAAUGUAAUGAGGAGCGGAACAUUUGUAAACUUAAGAUUCACAGAGUGUUUGACCUCCAACUUGGGCUGUAAAACCACAAUAAAUAACUGUAACUGAAAUAAAUAAAUCAAUGUUUAAACCACAAUAAUGUACCUUUUUGUAUUCGGUUUGGAUACAUGAUUGCAACUGUUAAGAGUUUUUCCUUUUGAUCCUAAUCAUGAAUGAUGACUCCUGGUACAGUUUCGAAUGAAGCUACAUAGAAGUCUUGCAGGUAAGCAUAUUGAUGUGGUUCUGUCCUAUUGCAGGCUUUUCCUCGCUUCUGUUUUGUGAAUGAUCCUGUGUUAUUAGCCAUAUUAAGUCAGCCCUACAGCUUGGAUUCUGUGAAACCACACUUUAAGUAAGUAUACCAUUCGCCGGUUUUCAACACACGAAGGUAUAAUUUGGAAAACUAAAGAGUUCGAAGGUUAUGUUAGUUGAACGGCUUCAAAAUCUCUGAUAUAGAUCAACUCAUUCUUGCACUUAUAUUUAGAUUUGGGGUUAUUUUGGUCUAAAAAAUUGGACGUAAAGAUUAGCCGUGUCUAUAUAUCAGGUACAAAGACACUCAUUAACCGUGGGAGGAUUAGUUCAGUCAGUAGAGCGCUUGACUGCAGGGCAGGAGGUCGUGGGUUCGAUUCCCGGGCCCGACCAAUACUCAGGGUCUUAAAAUAACUAAGAAAUGAAGGUACUUCCUUUGCCCUGCAGGCGGCUGGACCUUCACGUGGCUCGGAUGACCACGUAAAAUGGUGGUCCCGUCGCCAGUAGCAGACGUAAAAAUAGACGUAAAAAUAUUGUCCCCAGUGAGUACUUUAGUGCUAAAUACAUUGACACUCAAAUAAAGUGCAUUUUUUUGGUUUUUUAAACAUUUUAGAAUUUCUUUUGUUUUUUUCCUUAUGAAUUAUUAAUGAGAUUUUGAACUACAUUUAACGUACUCUAGGUCUUUAUCAGGCGAUGGUGUCGAUUUACUGAGUAGGAAUAUUAGUAUUACCGUGGUUGCUAGUGAUUGGUUUAUCAGGAACCUCAUUUGUGUAUCACGAACCCCACUCAGGUUUCACUUAUGUCGAAGAGAUUCGAAAUGUGUCAUCCUUCUCACUUUGAUUUGUGCCAUUUAGAUGCAUCUUCAGUAGUCUUCAUGAUGUGACUUUAACCCAGCAAGAACCGGAACCGGUUUCACUGAAAAGGAGCACCAUGCUCAGUUCUGCGUUGAGAAACAGGAGUGUCAGAGAGGACAUAAGCUCUCCCAUUCCGAGCCAUGACUUUGCGAGAUUCAGGAAGAUUUCCGACAUGGUUAUGCAAGCUUCCAAGGAAACAGAUGCUGGUGUGCGGAGGUCAAGUAUGUUGACCUCAACUACAGAUGCGCGUCAAACGGAACCUGACUGGCACAGCCAUCUGCCCAGAAAUGUUGCCGUGGCUGUCACUUCAGAACAGGGAGAAACUUUGGAACUAAAAACAAAGGUGAGGGGAUUGUAACGUUUAAUGAGUUUUAAACCUCUUUAACGGUACAUUGCAACCUAGUGUAGGACUACUGACCGGGUCGUUAUACCUCCAACUCCGGGUCUUAAUAAGAUUCGGGCUCACACCUGGGUAAAGAGAGACAGUGGAGUAGAGUUUCUUCUUCUAAAAACAACAACGCGACUGAAAGGCUUGUCACCAAGAAACUACCACCGAUCUAUCAAUGGGUAUCAGCUAUAUACUGCUGAAGAUAACCCUGCGCCUCCUGAGGGGAAGUAAAAAUACUCCCAGGUGCUUCAUGCUUCAGGGACCGGGUUAACCUCCAGCUUAGUGGGCCUCACCGAAUCGUGUGCGGCGUUAUCUACCUACCUACCCUUUCUACCUACAUACCCACCCACCCACCCACCUACCUACCUACCUACCUAUCCACCUACCCACCUACCUACCUACCUACCUGCCUACCUACCUACCUUCCUACGUACCCAACUACCUACCUUCUGACCUACCUACCUACCCACCUACCCACCUACCCACCGACCUACCUACUGACCUACCUAUGUACCUACCUACAUACGUACCUACCCACCUACCUACUGUACCUACCUACCUACUGACCUACUCACCUACCCAAAAAACCUACCCACCUACCCACCUACCUACCUACCUACCUACCUACCUACCUACUUACCCACCUACCUACCUACCCACCCACCUACCUACCUACCUACUGACCUACCGAUGUACCUACCUACGUACGUACCUAUCCACCUACCUACUGUACCUACCUACCCACCUACCUACCUAUUUACCUACCUCAGAGACAAGGAAACCUCAAAGUAAGUAGAAAAACACGAAAUUUCAAUAACAAUGAUUGAAGAUGUUUUAGGAUGGAGGAAAUAAGCAUGGAUUGCAAACAACUAACUUAAAAACUUAAGGCUGAAUUUCAUAUGGUUUUCCAAGAAUGACAUAGCUUCUUUAAAUCUUGUUGAGCUCACCGGAAACGUAAAACCUUUGAAUUUUAUUAUCAUGAUUUAUAUACUAAAAAUUAUUCUUAGCUGUAAAUUUUAAUUAUUUUCAUUGGGCUCAAUUAUAUUGUAUAAAGUACAGGAGUUAGAGAAUUUCGAGCGAGAGAGAAGUGUAAAAAGCAGUCAAUAGUUGCUGACUUACAUAGCGUAGCUCUAUGUUAUUUCUACAAAACUACCCGAUGCCAGUAUAGAGCGUUUUCACAUGACGUCUCAGCGGCCAUAUUGGUGUCCCAAAACAAUGAAACGGCGGCCAUGUUGGUGUCCCAAACCAAUCCUCUGGGUUAUUGAACUCUUUUCUCAUGCAAACGCUUUCUUUUGUUGUAAUAAAUUUGCAUAGAUGCACGCCACGUGGGUGAAAACACUCUAUACAAUCGUUCAAAUCUUUUGAGGAACUGAGAAGCUUUAUUAAGGUAUAUUUUUUAUGGUUUUGUUACAGGUUCCUCUUGUGUCUGGCGUGGACGUAUGGCUCGCUGCACUCUUGAAGAGCAUGAACGAAUCUCUUCAAUCUUGCAUUGUGGACUGCAUACAGGAUAUCGACUCAGGUCAUAGCAUUGAAGAGUGGAUUUCAAAGGUAUGCUUCAGGCUAUUUUGUGGAUAAUAUAAUAAGGGUGUCAGAGACCAGAAACCCGAACAAGUAAUAGAGAGGAGAAGUAUGACGUCAGAUCACCAUGGUAGCAUUAUUUCUGGAUGAUAAUAAAACUAUCGACAAUGGCAACGGAAGGAGAACGGCAAAAAAGUAAAAGGUUUUUAUUGACAAAACAACAAAUUUGCACGUGCAUCACGCCAUUUUGUACAUUUCUUAGCCGUCGUCGCGCGACUGCGACAUGGAACUUCCUACUUUCACACGCUUGCUUUAUGGAGUAGGUGAGCACAACACAAAAGUUGUCUUUUUCCUCUUCUAAACUUAUAUACGGUCCUUUCGGGUUCAACCCGAGGAAAUUUCGCCAACAUUUGCCAAAUUAAAUGAAAUUGAAUAAGAUCGAUGAAGUUUGAAGCUGUGCAAAUUCACUUUUUAAGUGACGUUUUCGGUUUCUUGUCAUUCAAACAUUUUGCUACCAUGGCAACGUGACGUAAACGACUUCUCAUCUCUAUUGCCUGUUUAAUUAGUUCACGAGACCUUUUCUAAUCAGUGUUUGCUUUUAGUAUCCUUCGCAGGCCUGUCGACUUGGAUUGCUGUAUAUUUGGACAAAGGAGUGCGAGACUGUAAGUUUAAGUUUAGAAACGUCCUUCUAAGGCUGAGGUUAUCAAUAUGAUUAAGGUUUACAUUACAAAAGAACUCUUAAAUUUUAAGCAUGUAGUGGUGUGGACAGUCGGAACUCUGCAUUGACCUGCUUUCCAAGUUACUAUACAACCCGAUAUAACAAGACUCUGUAUUACGAAGAUUCCGGUAUGACAAAUGCCAUUCUCGUCACAGUUACCGUGAAUGUACGGUUGGGCACCCCAGUUUAACCUUUUUACUCCUAGACAAAGUCACGAUGGCGAGGGAUGAUUCGACUCUCUAACUUUUAAAUCUGUGUACGAAGUAUUGUGGUAUUGCCAUUUAAGUGAAACCUCUUUGGACGUAAUGUCACAUGGUGCCAUUAUUUUUAAAUGAUUUUUCACUUUGGGAUCUGUGCAUUUUGACUUUCGCCCCCAGAAAGACUUAACAUAACCCUGUUAUAGCGAGUGCUUAUUCUAGUCCCUUGACCAUUCUUUGUGUUGGUGUUUCACUGUAUUUGUUAUGAAUACGGUCACCGGCCUUUUGUCUUUGUUAACAGGGAAUCGGAGAUAUUCGAAUUGAUCGGAAAGCCAUGCCAAACGCUUCGCGCCGAUUUUGGUCCCUUAUCAGCAAGUUGCCCAAUCUUUUGGCCAAAGGGUCGUGGAAGCACACUGACACUCCAAUGACUGGAUGUCAUAAACUUAGACUGGAGUCUUUGGUGUCGGUACGUUCUGUCUCUAUAAAGUGUAUCUUUUAACCUUUUUGAGUACUUAUUAUUGUGCGCUGUAGGAGCAUCGAUUACGUGGUGUGACUCGAUUGUGUCAUUGAUGUCCGAAAUUGACCCCUAUAUCUCGAAGACGUCCAAGGCUUCUUAAGCUGACAAUCAAAAACUUCCUGGAAAUCCCCUAAGGCUGUCAAAGAUAUCUGUGGUAGAUACUAAGUAUUCCAAAAGCUUUCGACGUUUCGAAAUUGUGGGCUUGUUUGAUUUAAUGAUUGAUGUUUUUAGUAAUUAGAAUAAUACCGCAUUAGAUUUACGACUUCCAUAAAGGUUUUUGUGCGCGAACGGGCAACCGCUGAUGAAGGGGUGAUUCCUGACUGAGUUCGCCGAAAACACGAACUCCGUUGUUUCGGCUGUUACUGAACAAAAAGUAUUAAGUACGCAGUGUAUCUGUUUCUAGACGUAACUCGAAUUCUUUGACCUUGGGCUAUGCGCGCAAACAAGUCCUUUUAAUUUGUAAAGUCAUGCAACUACUGCCCCUUUGGUUCACACACAAGAAACAUAAUUAAUUUAUACGCUUACCGUUUACAAUAAUCGUUUAAGUUGUUUGCCUGUGGACUGAAACCGUGAGCGGAAAAGUUUGUAUGCGAUUACAAACUGAAACGCACUCGUUUGGACAUAGCAGCGAAAGUAAUCUCAUUUUUUUUUUAUCAGAGAGCUUUAGCUUUGAGGACGAGAACGAGUACGAGUAGAAGAUUUAACUUAAAGUUUUUGCAUGUGUUGUCAAAAAGAGACACCCCAGAAAGCUUCAUUUUACCUUUUUUUUUUUCACCGAAUGGUUGUUUAUACCUAAAGAUGUUAAGCCCUCUCCCGAUAGCAAAAUGAUACUGAAACUUCUUACAUUUGAUAACUUGUUCCCGCCACCACGGCAUUAGGGACUUUAAGAUCCAAUGACGCGGACGGCGACGAGAACGUCAAAAAACAAUAGUUUUUUUUAUGAGAAAAACAACAACUUUGCACGUGCAUCACGCUUUUUUGUACAUUUCUUUGCCCGUUUUUGCACGACUACGACGUGAAAGUGCCUAAUUUCACGUUUUAUGGAGUGCGUAAACAAGCAACGACGAAAUUUUAUUUGUCUCUCUGAACUUGUAUAUUGUCCCUCGGAAGUCAACUCCAGGAGGGUUCGCCUACAUUUGACCAAGUAAGUGGAUAGGAAUAAUUGCGAUAAAGACUGAAAAAAAGAAAUUCACCUUUUAAGCGACGUUUUCGUUGCCGCCGUGUCCUUGGAUCUUAAAGUCCCUAAUCUCGCUAAAACUCGUGGUAGAAUGACGACGGCUACCACGUUUUCCCGCCAAAAUGACUAUGGUUCAAAAGUGAGCAAUACAUGAUAUUGAGAAAAGCUCGUACUCGUAUAGUCGUCCUCGUCUCCGAAUUUAAAGGUCUCUAAUCUUGCAAAAUCACUUCUUCCACAGCAAGGGAUGUACUUGAGAGAUGUUUUAGAAGACCUUGGUAGACGUAAAUUGAGAGACGUCGUCGAUUUUGAGUGGAAGAGAAACAUUCGAUUUUAUGGAACAGACAAUUCUCGAGCGCCUGGUAAGUUAUGUCUACGUAUGUCUUGAACGCUUUCUGGGUUUCCCUAAGUUGACCGCACUACUAGUGACAUUUCAACUUUAUUUGUUAGCCUGCUUUAAAAAAAAUCGCUAUAUUCUCUUAUCGCCUGGCUUUAUUCGUAAUCUAGAUACAGCAGACAAUUGCCUACAUUCCAAAACAACAACAACAGGAACAAAGGCACCAACUUAAGGCUUGGGUUGACAAAUUAUAGUGAUUUGUAAGAAAUUUUCACCUCUAGCCUUGACCAAGCCGAAACAAUUGAUGCAGAAUUUCAAAAUACGUCCACAGUAACUAGUUACAGUCAACUCUCCCUAACACAGAUUCCAAAAGUUGGUUUUAUUGAAUCUCUAAAGGGCAUAGCAUCUUAGAAGUACACCUCGUGUUAGUCCCAUUGGUGUCCGUUUUGUAGGUUGACUGUUGUUUGUUGGUUUCGUUUGCAGGGAGAAUACCCUCACUACCCUCCCUUCCUUCACUGGACAGAGGUUUUGGCCGCUCUACGUCUGCAGAACCUCCCAAGAUUACCGAAGAUGGUCAAGAGAGUAACGAGCUUUUUAUCUACAUGUUGGACUCACAGCUACCUUAUGGUUAUGAAUUCUACGGAAGUGAUGUGGCCCUCGCUCUUACUCCAAUAACCGAGCGAUGUUUCUUGACCCUGACUCAGGUGACUUGUGUUUAGUUGGUAGCGGUAGUUUGAAUGGUUGUUAGAUCCAUUAUAGUUUGUAGAAGCUGUUUUUCCAGAAAACUAGGUGAAGACUAGGGCUCCGUAUGUGAAAGCCAUUCUUUGCGACCUAUCAGUUUGGCUACAGAUCGCUGUGUUCUGCGUUAUUGCGAAGUUCCGUCCACAGUCUCUCCAAUGAUCUGCCUUCUACCUGUAAGGGCUUUCAACCCUUUCCGAGAGUGAAUGAUGAAGUCUUGCAAGAUGGCCCCUACUUUCGCGUCUUUAAAUGGGCUCCUGCAGUAUAACAAUUCAAGUGAAAGCUACUGAUCACUACUUUCACAUGGUGCCUUUUGUUUUCCAUCAUUUUAGAAAAAGGAAUUGUUGAAUUUUGACUUCGUCCACUUCUGCGAGUAAGGGUUAAUCUUAAUCUAUUAAUCAUUUCGUUUUUGAUAAGCACAAUCCAGUGAACACAAUGAUUUUUGUUUGGUGUUUUUACUCCGCGAAAAGUGGACCUUCAGGACCUUUACAUACAAAUAACUUCAAGUUAUUCAUGAAGUGAUAUAAAAAUGUCCAUUGUAAAAUAUGAAACCGUCAAUAAGUAUCUCAAUUUUCUUGUUAGGCUGUAUGGAAUUUCUGUGGUGGGUCUCUUGUUGGACCAACAGGAACAGGGAAAACUGAAACUGUGAAGGUAAUUUUCUUUUUCUUACAACUGUUAUGUCUCUGUGACUUGAAAGGUUAUGCAGUGGAACCCACCAUGCAACCGCUACACAUUGUUCGAAAUUCCCAUUUUGAUGAUACGUUUCGUGGUUUUUCUUUUAGGGUCUUGCUUCAUUGCUGGGUCGCUACCUUGUGACCGUAAGUUGCUCCCCGAGGAUGUCAUCCAAUGGAGUGGGAAAAAUCAUCGUAGGCUUGGCAGAGGUUGGUUGAACUUUAAUAUAAAGCUACACAAACCUAUCAUCAGUCAAACAAAGCUUUUGUUUUCAUUGAAGCCAAAUCCUAAGUUUCACUUGCAAGUUUUUGGUAUGGUGUUGUAGAAGGUAAAAAAUGUCAGUUGUUUUGUGUGUAACAUAUUUUCGUAACAUAUUUUCCAUGUACACUAACAAAGAACACUUUUUCAAGGAAAAGCUUGCCAUGGAAAACACACUUCUGAAAAAGGGUGUUUUUAUUACUCGUGUACGUUCAAUUUGGUUGGCUUGUCAGGGCGAGCAGUUAUCCAGCUGGUUAGUUAUGAAGUAACCAACCAUAUAAGGCAAAAAACUGGACAAGGUGUAUCCCAGCAGGUGGAAAGCAGAUCAAUUGGCUGCUUUACAAACAGUGCAGUUGAAACACAUGGACUCUGCCAAUUGGUCAAAGUGGGGCCUAAACGCAGUAUUUCCUCGCGCUUAAUCACGUUUCACCUCCACAGGGUACUGCUAGUUUUUAAACCAUUUGUAUCUGAUUUCACCCCUGUCCUGACCUUAUGAGACACUGGCAUAUAAAAGGUGUAGUUGUCUGCAUUCGAUGCUGUUGUUUGGCCUGCCUCCAAGUUCCAAACUACUAAGUAAGCCCUUGCUUAAAUUUAUGUAACUUGCAAAGCACUUCUUGGCCUUUAAUAUUAUGUUUGUCCUUACAUUCUCAUCCGUUUACUUUUCAUUUUUCCCAUCUUUGCAUGUUGUCUUCCCAAGUGGACGCUUUUACAUUUUCUUGUUCUAUUUACAGGAAGGUUGCUGGGGUCUAAUAGACGAGUUUCACAAAGUGAAUGUAGAAUGUCUGUCAGUCAUGCUGUUCGAGAUUCAAGCGGUCUUGCUUGCCAUGAGGGGUGGACAUUCUACUUGCACCAUCGAAGAUGGAAGAGAGGUUAGCUAAUUUAUUCACAGAUAUGACAAACCAUCAAUGUGGAAAACCAGUUUUCUUAUCUAAGCCAAGCUGAUGGUCACAGGCAUUCACACAUCUGUCGUGAAAUAAAGUGAAACAGCAUCUUAGGUCAAAGCUGUCUACCAUAUGUGUGUAAUACCACUUGUACAGUCUCCCAAUAACAAGGUCAACGUCUUUAUAGUUACACUGAAAAUAUUUAUUAAGCCUUACUAAACCUUCAGUAUGAUGAUCUAGAUUGAAUUGACGGCAGCUUCAGAAAAAAAAGGGAAUUUGGGGUGUGAUAAAGGGGCCAUUUGCAGACGACUGUUAACAAAAAAUCCGAGGAACAAUUGUGAAAAAAGUUCAUAUAUUGACUAAAAUUUUGUUUUAUCUCGUAGAUCAUUGUAAAACCAAACUUUUCCGUCUUCUUAACUAUCUGUACCAAUGGAAACAACUUCGAGCUUCCUGCUGAACUUAGAGCGCUGUUCCGUUCUGUUGCGAUGGUGAUGCCAGACAUGUCUUUGAUCCUCAGGGCGCAUUGUGCUGGCCAGGGCUUUAAAUCGCCGAAGAUUUUAGCUGAUCGUCUUAAGUUAGUUGGCGACAUUUGCAAAGAGCAGCUGUGAGUAUAGAUAAAUUGGGUAAAUAGGUUUUCAAGAAAGAAACAGAAUCCUCUGUUCAAGGAAAUCGUCACAAUUGAAUGUGACUGAACAUGGGACACAACUGGGAUGACUAUGUUGAAAGCAAUUGAAGACAGUUUGAUAGCUUGUGACAAAGGACACUUGACGAAUUUACUCUAUCAUAGCCAGGCGCUUUUUACUACGGACAUUUACUUUUGAAAUGUUGAUUGGAUUGUUGAAGCCUCAGAAAGAAAGCGGUUAAUAAUCACUGGGACUUAAGUAUCCCGAGCCCACCAUUUUCCACCGCUGUCCCUGUUUUGAGGCCAAAUACCGAUCCGCGCUGAAUGUGCUUUCACACUUGCAUUUGUGUUUUAUUUCUCAAUAGAAGUGGAAAGAGUCAUCACAAAUUUAGUUUAUCCUCGUUUGUGGGUGUCAUUCAACACGCAGGACGCAAACGAUCUUCCCAAGGACCACUUGGCGGCAAGCUAAACGCCUCCCAGAUUGAUCCCUCAAGACCUUCAAGCACCCAGUCUGUUUCUACACAGUUUGGUAAGCUAAUAUGUGGCCUGUAUGAUGCCCAUAACAGGAUACGCGCAAUGUCGAUGCCCUUGGCAAUUUUAAAAUGGUCUAUGCGGGUAAUUUUUCUCUAAUAUCGGCCUUUAAAUGGUAAGUGAUAUUGUGUAGCUCUCUAGCACCGUGCACGUUCAGAAUUGCCGUUUACAAAUGGUAAUGAGGGUAUGCAAUUCACAAUAUUAGUUUUUCUUGCUGUAAUGUUGUACUCAGAACAUGACUAGCUGAAUGAUGUACUGAGAAUGAUGAAGAAGCACUCUUAUAACACCAGAUAAAGAACCUUUGGUUGCUUCCUUCUUACGGGCGCUUUCCAUUUGUCAGAACUGGCCGGCCGGACCAUUGCCGGACCAGUCAUUUGGACAAUGAAAUCGGCUUUUUCCGAGGGUUUUUGUGAAAUUUCAUCUUCCUUCCAGCACACUAUUUAGGAUUUGACUGAUCUGGUUGGAUAGUUUUGACUAAUGGUGAAAUUCUCAUCACGACGGGAAGGCUUUGGCCGGUCGGUUCUGACAAAUGGAAAGCACCCUCAGUGUGCGUUUGUUAUACGGUCCAUAUCCUGAUGUUGUGUUGAGUUCCAGCCUCUUUUUUUUAUGUUAUUGGCCUUUCGCAUGUUCUAUCGUGCUACCUUUACUACUGGCUUUACUAUUAUUUGCUGAUUCAACACCAAGAUAUAACCAUAUCACGUCUGUUCACGUUGUCACACAAAACAACGAGCGGUUUCAUAAUCACGCCAAACUUUGCAAGUCUUUCACGAAAAUUUACAAAACCAUUGUCAUUUGUGAAGCUAGAACCAUUGGAAGCUUUGGUAUUCAAUUUUACUGGAUCAUAGUGAUAGCUACUGAGUAGUCUUAGAGAUUUUUGUGGUUUCGCAGGUGCUGGUAAGGACAGAGGAAGCCAGUUCGGGCAAAAGGAUAAAAAGCCAACUACUCCAUCGUCCUUGUCCUCUGCCGCCAGAAUGGAGCAUGCUUUAGUGUUACAGUCAUUGCAAGAAUGCAUAGGUCCUCGGCUUUCACCAGAGGUAGUAUGCAGAAAUAAUGCGUUAGUUUUCCGCUAAUUUGUUUACUCACGUUUGGAAGAGCUCUUUCUAAUAUUUGGACUCCGGAAAGAUCAUCGCAGAUACGUAAGCAACUUAGCAGUUGCGAUAUGAAAUCCUGGGAAAAAAAAUCAGGCUUACAUGUAAACGUAGUUCGCCUGCAAAUAUAGCCACCCCUUAUCACUCCCUGCCGUAGCGGAGCUUUCGCCAGGGAGAAAUCUGUGUUUUGACCUCAAACAUUUCAUACUGAUGACCUAAAUUUGUCCAGAAUCUGCACAUGAGCUCUGAUUGCUUGAUUGUGGAAUUGCACGCUUCUAGGCAUUCUACUGUAGCAAACGUUUACAAUAUUCAGAUAUUUGCAGUUUUCAUAGCUAUUUAUGCUCCGCCCAAUUCAUCUGUGACGUCCUUUCGCUUUUUAGGAGCUGAACGUAUUCAACAUGGUUUUACGUGACGUGUUUUAUGGCUUACCGAAACCACCUGCCCCACCAUACCAUCUCACCAAAGUAGUUCAGGACUUUGAAAGCGUUCUUCUAACUCAUACAAGAGAAAAAGGGUUUGUUCCUCACCAGCCAUGGAUUGCAAAAAUACACCAAUUGUGGACGCUUUCUAAAGUCCAUCGAGGUAGAGUACUCUUAUCCUACACUAGCUAUAAAAGGCUUUAAGUAUUGAGAUUCCUUUCACUGCAUCUGCAGUUCAGUGGGGUAUUUUGUUUCAAGUAUGGCUGGUAUUUGGGAUGCACAAACUGUAGUUUUUUUAACGUAUGAGGAGACAGAACGUUGUGGUGCUCCUGGCCGAAAGCCUUUGCCUGGUAAAAGAUAAAAAUAGUCGACGGCUUAGGAGAAUGAACCACCAGAAAUAAUAUAUGAUAAGCUUGGGAUGCCCUACAAAAGCGGACAUUUUAGUACAGUACUCUGUCUCCAGUUUGCCGCGUGGUUAGCGUAAAAUUGGAUAAGUACCUAGUGUUCAUUUCCUUAGAUAGCGAAUGAAAAUCGUGUGCCCUUCUACACGCAUGCUAUUAACGCUGUUUCAUUCAUGCAUUUUCUUUCUAGGGAUUAUCGUGGCUGGACCACCAGGCACUGGCAAAUCAUCCUGUAUCUCAGGACUUGUAGAAACCCUUAGUGAAUGUUCCCUCAUCAAACAUAAGAAUACUGGCUCUCCGAUGCACUCUCACAAGUUACAAAGAAUAAAUCCUCUGGGAGUGUCAGAUCCCGCUCUCAUGUUCGGCAAAGUGAACUCGGCGUCAGAUUUUGAGGAUGGUAUUUUUACAGCGUACUUCCGAAAAGCCAACAAGGAACACAGCGUUCACAAAAUGACCACUUGGAUUUGUUUAGAUGCUCCAUUGCAUCAUGGAUGGUCUGAAUUUUUGAGUAGUGCCCUGGAUAAAGGACAGGUUGUUAUUUAAUGAUUAUCAUUUAAGGGUACAUUUUACAUACCCCUUUCUUCGAGUGUCCAUUGUCGCGUUGAUUUAAGGCAGGCUUCCCCACCAUGGUCUCCUUUUUGAUUCUUGUGUCGCGUCAUCCUUACCCCUCCACGCAAACAUAUGCUGGCACUGUUCAACUCAUUCUAGAAGAAUUUUCAAAUUGUUCUGUAUAGGAGAUGAAAACUCUCUAGCUAUAAGAUAGUGCCCGCUUUUGAAGAUGAAGCUUAUUUGCCAGUAAUCAUUUCAUUUUCCAUCCAGGUAUAAGAGUGUUUAACGUAUCUCCUUUCCCUCUUGCGCUGUUCAUUAUGAAGGUUCUCCACGACCUUAUGUGGAAUUCAAACUUAUUGUGUAUAGGAGAUAAAAAAUCUGUCGGUCUAACAUGAUCCCGGUUAUUGGUGGUUUUUGCCUGUAAUGAUUUCAUUUUUCGUCCUCAUAUAAGAAUAUUUUGCGUAUCUCCUUUCUCAUUGGACCAUCCUUUACGAGGGUUCUCCACCACCUUAUGUAGAAUUUAAAAGUAUUCUGUUUAGGAGAUAAAAACUCUAUCGCUCAAAGAUGACGCCGGGUAUUGGUUGUAUUUGCCUAUUAUCAUUUCAUUUUUCAUCCUUCUAUAAGAAUGUUUGCCUUUGUAGAAGUUCAGUGUAGCCCUUCUGUUGCAGGACGUAGAUCGUUGUUCGGCCCUCAAAUUUAUGACCUUUGAUCUCUCAACCUAUUUAUCAUCGUCCUAUACCGGGCUAACCGGACUUGCAAAGAUGGAAAUGUUACUGUCCUUCAUAAAGCGCAAUAAUUACAUGUAAUCAUUUUCUUCGUAGUAUCUGAACUUAUUGAAUGGCGAAAGGUUAUAUCUAUCAGAGCACGUGAAGCUGCUGUUUGAAACUGACGACCUGACGGAUGCUUCGCCUUCCACUGUCUCUCGUUGUGUAAGUAUAGCUUCUCUGUGUUGUUCAUGAUAUGUUUUUUUUUUCCUGUGUCUGAUUUGAACAACGUUAAUUCACGGGGAUAACAUUUCUCUUUUUUUAGACUGUACCUCUGUCUCCUUGAAUAACGUUAUGAAAACUAAACACUGCCACUCGCUUUGCAGAACUAUAAAAAAGUAGUAUGAAUUUCAAGUUGCUAAAUUAUUGCUGGUUGCAUUUAACGUCACGUCGGCCGUGUCAGUGAUCAAGAACAAGAGUGUUUCUCUCCUCUGCGAACUAAAUACCACUUUCACGUAAAUUCUUUAAAAAAUUUGUUUAUUGUAUUGACCACCAACAUGGCCGCCUUGUCACGCAAUUGCCAACCAAAUAUAGCCUUUAAAAUGUGGUUGCCCUAUCCGUUGACCCUCUUUACAAAUUGUCAUUUUUAAGUCCGCCUUCUCGUUCUCGUUUGUCUCGUUUUUUCUACAAGUACGAAGGAAACUAUUUUGGAGAGUACGUUUGUUUUUAUGUGAUAUGAUUUCCUUGCUUACAUAUAGGGUGUUGUGUAUAUGGAUGAAAGUGUUCUAGGAUGGCGGCCUCUAGCAGAAGCCUGGCUUGCCAAUAGGUCUCCUCAGGAAAGUCAUGUGAGUAGAUAUCUUAGAUCAGCCCUGUACAGAUCUAGGGGAGGAAGAAAGUCCGUUAACUUAAUUUAGACAUAAACAACAUUGCAAAAAUUUGACUUGAAUCCACAGUAGAAUAGAAGGGAUGGAAUUGACCUUUUUUGGACAGAGAUACAUAAACGCGAGUGACGUCAUGACCUUUUGUCUUCAUCGUAUAUGUUUAAAUCUCAUUAAGAUGUUUAGGUGGUUUACCAGUUUGAUAGGUUUUAGAUCAACAAUGUCGUAUUUAUUUAAAAUUGAUGCAAGUUCUAUUUUCUGUUUCCACUUUUUUCACUAGUGUCUACAACGAGCAUUCAACAAGACAGUAGAUGUCAUCUCACAAUUUGUUCAGUACGAAGCAAGGUUCGUUGUAUUUUCUUUGUUUUAUAAGAAAGGUUCACAUAACGCAAUUGAAACGUGGAUAAGUUUUUAAAUGUAGGAAUGAUGCAAACACCUAUUUGCAAACCUGUGCUGUAUCGAUGGACAAUUACAGUCGAAGCUCUCUAAUUUAUGGACACCAAAGGGACAAAGCGAACUGUCCGUAUCAUAGAGGAAGGGGAUGUCUGAAGUUUGUUGGAGCCUUUGGCUCUAGCAGAAAAUUCCUAAAUUUGGAGGUGUCUGUGAGAGAGGUUCAAAUUUAUAUUUAUGUCGCAAAGUUUCGCUAUUUCCUGUUUGUCUCUGGCGGAUGAAAACCCAGAUGAUAGUGUUGGCAGUCCGUUAACACACUUAACGAAACGUAAAAUUUCGAAAAUAAGCCCCUCCAAAUAUAAGCCCCCCAAACCGGUAACGCAAAAAACCCUCCUUUGAAUCGCCCCUCCAAAUAUAAGCCCCCCGGGGGCCCCUCAAAAAGGGCCUUUAAAAAUAUAAGUCCCAGAGCUUAUUUUCUGAAUUUUACGGUACUUGAAUGUUGCUUUUUGUGUUUCUUCAGACCAUUUAUGAAAAUCUGUGAAGUAGGAUUGUUCAACACAUGCCUUGCAAUGUUAAAGGCCUUGAUUGAGGUAAACUUGUUAAUGUUUGACGCUGUAAAAUCUACCUGUAUUGGUAACAUAUUUUAGUAUGUUUUGUAUACACACCGCACUUUUCUUGUAAGGUCUCUCAGAUAGACCUUUUUAGCUUGUAUGUUUAGUUUUCCGAAUUCAGGUCACUUAAAAUUUGCCUUUUGCCUUUUCAUAAAUGUUGUAUGCAUAUGUACGUGGAUGCACGUUUGUAGGAUACCAUCACAUGGUCUGAAAUGGGAAGACAAAACAUACAAGCCAAAAAGGUCUAUUGGAAGCUUGACCAAAGCGUCUUCAGCCUCUUCCCAGGCAAGUUCGACUUCUUCGAGUGAGCAGAGACGUAUUGGAACCAAACGCGAUAGUUUUCCAACAAGCUGAACGGGUAACUUCUCAUCUGAACUCGCCGAAGACGACUCAGAACAAGGCUGAAAGUCUUUUGCGAUACAACAUGUUCAGGUUACAUUGUGAAGACAUACUUUAGAGGCCGUGAUCCAAUCCUUUAAUGUGUUCUCAGCAUUUACAUUCAUAAGCCUUCUCUGCUGCGACAUUUUCGCGUCGGUAUUGAUCGUUUUCCUGUAUUUUACAAAUAAAACGAGAAUUUCAAUUGUGGGUUAUCAGUCUUCCCCAAAACAUGUGCCCUACACUACUCACGAAAGACAACUUAGGAAUAAGUUUCUAAGGAAAUAAGGUCAUAAAGAAAGUUGCUCCUUUUUCUAGGGUAAUACUGACAUUGGUGGCGAGCUCCAUAUAGAGAGGUUAUACCUCUUCUCACUGAUUUGGUCUUUCGGAGGACUACUAGAUGAACCAGACAGGAAGAAGUUUAGUGAGCUUCUUCUCUCACUAACGACAGCUCUGCCAGAUUAUGACCAAGAAAUCUCAGUGUUUGAUUACUAUGUUGACGAGUCUGGCGAGUGGGAUCCGUGGCAGUCAAGGUUGGUUCAAGUUUAAUACAUGGCUUCCGAGUCUCACACAGUAACUGUUUUUUAACGAUAUUGUUUUCUGGACAUUCCAGUCUCUGACAGCAAACAAUUAAAAAAUCAAUAAUUUUUUUUGUCCGGUAUCAAAAUUCCUUCACGUCGUUGUGAUGCCGUACCAUUGAUGAAUGAAAUUAGCUUUCGAUUAGAACACUAGACUCCUUCAGUCCGUUCUUUUUUGAUAUGACCCGGAUCAAUUGAGUGAUUAUUUUUGGCUUUAAAUAAAUAGAGUUCCAGAAGUGAGCUACUUUGAUGCAUCCGAUCUUCUUGGAGAAGUGUUCGUGGACACAAUUGACGCGGUAAGUGAAUGACUGAAAUUGAGUUUUAAUGGCUUGUUCGCUACGAUGGGAUCUGAACAAUCCUACCUAUCUUAAUGAUUGUAUGGAAGUCAUUGAUUUAGAAUUGAGGACUAAAAUCGUGAACAGUCUUGGGACAAAUUUUCAUUUGUGGCCUUUUUUUUUUCAAACCAACCUUGCUUUCCCCCCCAUACCCCACUGUACCUGUGUAUCCAAAAGUUUUCCUGAGUUUAUUUUUUUUUGAGGGUGGGAAAGGGAGAAUUGCAAGAGAUUUGUGAAAAUAUAGCUUUCGUUUGUAAAGGGAUUUUUAAAUAACAGAUUGUUACGAAAAUUUUAUCAUGGCCGCCACCCGAAAGGGCAUUUGUCCCUGAUUGUAGCUUAGUCCUAUCUUGUUUUAGUGUAUUCUCUUCGAACGCUGAAGUGCUUUUCUUUUUAGCUAUCUUAGCGACUGCAAACCAGCUUUCACUACGAGGAGGUAAAAUCUUAAAUUACCGCUAUAAAAAGUACCUAUUAAAUAACGUAAUGUUCGCUCGCUUUCUUUAAGAUUCGUACUCGACAGUUCAUGGAACUGGCAAGCGCGUCUGGUAGAAACAUUUUACUGACAGGUCCAGCAGGAUGUGGCAAAACCUCACUCAUUGCUGAUUUCUUGGACAAGCAAGGUACGUUUGAAUCCAGAGUUUAAACAUUGCAUUGCAUUAUCAUUGUUAUGAUUUGUUUGUUUGUUUGUUUGUUUGUUUUUAUGUUAAAGCGUUUGCAAUACUGUAACUACAUAAUUAUAGUCAUGCAAAUAAAGUUUAUUGUUGUUGUUGUUAACUGUGAUGGUGCGUCAGUGCGUUGGUUGUAAAGUAGAAGAUUUGCCACCACUUAGGCAUACAGAUGGUGAUGUUUCGAGCGUCAACCCCUUGUCAGAGCGAAUCAGGUAAUCGUGGAUUGUUUGUGGUUUCGCCAAAUCAAAACGUCAACUCGCAAUCCUCUUUCUCACUCUGACGAAGGGCUAACGCUCGAAACGUCACUUCUCAACCCCCUGCUAUGGCCAAUCUACUUUUUCCAGUACCACCAGAUUCUGUGUUUUAUCCAGAUGGCCCUGUCUUUUAUCUUGUGUUGAGAAUCAUGGAUGGUAACUACAGUCCUAAUCCUGAACAAAAAAAACUUCUUCAUUUAUUUGCUUAUUUAUUUACUUUAAUCCUGAAAAGCAAGCCAUACAAUUUAAAGGUAUACUUCUGAAAAGAUUUAUUGGAAGGUUCGCGCUACAGGAUAUCAGCUUGGACAAUAUUUUGGCUGCUAUAUCAUGCUUUAAUGAGCAUUAACUGAAAAGUACCUUCAGUUUCAUUUAUAGUCCUGAAAAAGGGACAAACAUCGAAAGAGUUGACGAGUACAAAGGUAAAGUGAACUAGAGAUAAACACGCCUAGGUUCAAUGAAUUGAAAUUAAACUGCGUGCCACCAAGUUCCCUAAUUCUAUUGCCAUUCAACCCCGUCCCUGUAAUCCUUUGAAAACUACGUAUAUAGUUUUUUCUCUAUUGAAUUUGUAUUUUUAGUGGCACACCUCACUUGUAGUCUUUGUAGCAGCUGCAUCCCUUUCAAAGCGCGCGAGAUGCAAGAAGUCAAGGGACGCGUAAUUGCUCUCUGGUCUUAGAAAACGAAUGCUGUGCUGGCUAGAAAGGUCAUCAGCAAAAUAUCGAUAUUUCUACGUAACAUUACUUAUUUUAUUUUCAGAGGACAAGAAUCAAAUCGUCAAACGGUAUGUUUAUUCCGGCACCUCAGGAGCUGCUUCAUUACAGCAGUUUGUGGAACAAAACAUUUACCACAGGCAAGGUGAGCACAAGCAAACUACUUGAGGGAUAGCUUAGUUUCUGUCGAGUCCAGCUUUGACCCGCGAUCAGGCGGUCCUUCGCUUUUCAAAAAAGAAAAAAAAAAGAAGACCAUUUUUGCUGCGUGUGUUCGACAGUUUUUGAGGUUUGACACUAUUGGUUUUGUAUUUAACAAAAUGGCUGAUCAACUGAUUUAAACAGCCUUUGCAAAAUCUUGAAGUAAAGAAAACGAUGACCAAGGAACAUGACUAAAACCCUUUCCGAGCAAGGUGUAUUGAAGAUGUAUAUACUUUAAUGCAAUUUCCGUGUAUGGCUUCCUUAUAGGUUUCGUAUAUGGAGCAAAGAAAGGAAAAGUACUGAACAUGUUUAUCGAUGACCUUAGUCUUCCACGGACAGAUGAAUUUGGAACCCAGGAGGACAGAUGAAUUUUCUUCAACCCAGGAGGUCAAUUUGAGGUGAGUUUUGCACAUUGUUUUCAGUUUCUUUAAAUAUAUUUGAAAAACAAGGUUCUGAUUUUGUCCAUUGCUUGCGUUUAUUCAAAAAGUGGCUCAGUCUUGUUUAUUGCUCGGUUAUCCAAGAUCUCAGUGGCCGGUGUACCAACCGCGUUGCCAGGUUCCUCUCUUACCCGUGUCAACAGGUAUUAGAGAACUCUGGGAACGAGGUUGCUGGGACACUUGGUUAGAAUGGGCGACAGUGCGUGUAGAGGAGAGGUUUUGACAACAGGAUGGUAGUUAUCAGACCUCAAACUACCCAGCUGUGUUUCAAAGGGUAAACUAACCGGCACAAGACCACGCAUUUCGCGAUCAAAUUUGGGAAUUUGUUUUUGAUUACGUAUUUCGAAAAUAUAUCAAUGACUUAAUGACAGUUUGGAUUGUUGUUAAAAGUGUUUUAUUUGCUGGGAACUUCGUAACCCGUUUCAGGUUUACUCGAUUCAAAAACAUUUGGUAAAUUAAGGAAAGAUGGAGCAUAGUGUCUUUUCUAACGAAAAAAGAGGGCAACGACUCAAUAGUUAAAUUUCCUUUAGACUCAUUAUAACUGCUUCACUUUUCAAGUGUUUGUCUAGGAACCAUGUACCUAUAACCAAGACUCCUUGCUUGUUGUGUAUUGACAUGAGCAAUUUAUACGUCUGUAUUAGCUUCUGAGGCAAGUCCUAGAUGAGAAGAUCUUGUUCAAUACUAAAAAACCGUUUGACCGCCGCGUCUUGGAGGGAGUUGUUGUAACAGCAGCUAUGAACAUGCAGUCAGAACCAGUGACCAGCGGCACUCAUCAACAAAUCCCUGAAAGACUAAAGGUAAGGAUAGAGGUUAAGUAGCAGUUUAGCAGUGACAUACAUUUUCACUUUAUGAAUUGUCAAUACAUUUGAAAAUGGCCAAUACAGCGAGAAUGAUAAUUAAACCAACGGUCAGUCCAGGAAGUAGGCCGAUUGUCGGUGUUGCAGAAACUAUUGUUAGGUAGAUUUGGUGGUCAGUUGUGAGUGAAGAGUGAAAAAGUGUGAGUUAAAAAUAUUAGAGCUUGUGAAUUUUGGGGGUUUGUUGAGAUCGUUCGAGAUAGUCGUUUGCUUUUCUUUCUUCUGUGCUAGACAAUGUUGUAGACUGAAAUGAAGAACAACAGAUUAAGCUCGACUAAGCUCGUCACAAGGCUGAACGAUUAUGUCUACAGUCGUCUUACACAAACACCAGUUUGAUAUUCUGCCUGCAGCCUUGAUUGAUGGAGAGUACCCUUCUCGACUUGGAUAAUUUUUUCAUGUUAUCAUCAGACUUAUUCGGUCAUUGUUUAUCAUAACAAUUACGGUUUGUACCUUGCAGCGUCACUUUGCGGUAUUCCGUCUUCCCGCUCCCACAGCCGAGUCACUCUUCACUAUUGUUACUUCAAUAUUGGAGGUGUGUUCAAAUGGUUCAUUCAGUCUUAGUCUAAUUUUAGAUGUUUAGUCUUCGUUUCAUCGUCACUUUAUCUAACUUUGACUCUUUUUGACCACACAGGCCAACAUGGCUCAGAAUCAAGGCAUGGGUCUACCCCAAGAGUUUCACGAACAGAUUGUGAUGGCAUCGUGUACGCUGUUGACCAGCUUGCAGGAUGUAUUGAGACCUUCACCCACUCCUGGGAGAUACCAUUACCAGUUUAAUCUCAGGGACAUUACCAGAGUAUUUCAGGUGUCGUAGCGAAGUAAUAAAUAGAGACUGAACAAUUCUACUGUCACUUCUUUCAGAUGGAAAGAACGGAAGUGAACUAGAUACAUCCUCCCUCUGAUCAGUAGAUUGAGGCUGUGUUCUCACAUUACGGGAUAGCUUUUAGUGGCACCAUGAAAAUCUAUCCGGUAUAGUACAAACACCUACCCGAUAUGUGACUCACCACUUUCUAGAUCGGCGCGGCGCAGCCUCGCUCCGUUACAGAAAUCGCGCUGAAAUCACCGUUCUUUUGUGUGAACAGAAGCCCUAUCUAGUAUGGUUUUCGUAGCACCACGAAAAGCUAUGCGGUAUAGUAUGAACACCUAUCCGAUAUGUGACUGUCGUGUUUAGAGUUUGGCGCGGCGCAGCUUCGCUCCGUUACAGAAACGGCGCCGAAAUCACCGUGCUUAUGUGUGAACAGAAGCUCUAUCUGGUAUGGUUUUCGUGCCAGCACAAACGCUAUCUUGUAUAUUGCAAACUUACUAGAGCGAGAGUCCUUUCACUAUAUGUAUCCACGGCCACGCAAUACCAAAUGUCAUGCCAUCUGCAUGCCACUGGGUGUUUCUAAACGUUUAUGGCCAACUUACUGUAUUACUUCUUCCUUAGACAUCUUAGUAAAGGUUCGCUAAAACAAAGAAUUUAGUCACACCGACGAUACAAAGGAAUAUUGAGCACAGUCAUUUCCAAUGCACGGUAUUGUGUGGUCGUCUGAUAGGAAAGCGUUGAAACACCAAGGUGAAGACUUCUAAGACCUUGAGAGGAGAUCAAUGAAAGCGUCAUAAAACUUCGAUGACCCUCCCUUUUAACUAUUUUGGGGGUUUACUCUAUAUCUUAUUUUAAACUUGUUCACGAGUUAUUCCUGUCGCUGGCGAUUUGCAAAUGUAUCACUCACUCGUUAACUUUGAUAUUUUAGGGCCUUAAAAACUGUUCCGAAGAAAUGCGCGCUGAUGAGGAAUACAUGGUAUCCCUGUGGCAACACGAGAUAACACGAGUUGUGAAGGAUCGCAUCUGCCGUUCCGUAGAUAUCAAAUGGUUUGAAAAAACUCUGAAGACAGUCAUUAAAGAGGUAAAUAGUAAUAGCAAAUCUUUUUAAUCUUCAGUAUAUCCUGUUCACAUUUAAACGGCAUUAGCUGCUUAAUAAUUGCUCCUUGUCAUUUAUUUUCAGAAUUUUCCUGAGCUGCCAGCCAACUCUCCAUCUCCUCUCUUUAUCACAUUUCCUUUGGAUGCAGGGCUUUAUUCCCAGCGACCUGUUACUCAAGGACGUGUGGCUCCCAAGGUUUGUUCAGUGUAGUCGUGUAUUUCUAUUUCUGACUUGAAAAACUGUGUUUUUCUAAAACUACGAAAGGGACAAGGGGAAGAUGUGGAAACCUGUUAUAAGGAAGGCACAGUGGUGAGAUCACUCGCCUCCCACCAUUUUGGCCCUGGUUCGAGUUCUGGCCUGGAUGAAAUAUGUGUUUCUCUCCCUUGCUUCGCGAGGUUUUCCUCCGGGUACUCCAGUUCUCCACCCCGUCCCCUACCUACUCCUCAAAAACCAACACUUCCAAAUUCCUAUUCAAUCUGGAACGCACGGACACGUUUUAACGAGGUCUAAGAACUCCUAAUUGCUUUGUGGCUGAACAAAUUACAAUUACCAUUUUUUUAAAAUGUUUUGAAAUGUUUAUCCACAUCUUGAAUACCUGUGGUAUUGUGGUCGUCUUUUCAAACAUGCCUCAAGAAGAGUAUACGUUGCUAGUAGCAAGAACAGGAAGGAAUUUAUUACGGGCAGUGUUAACGAUGAUAAAUAAAUUGUACAUAGUUGAUACGUCUUAAUUUCUUUUUCAGAUCCUUCUUCAAGCAAUUAAUAACAUUGACGAAGUGUCGCUGUGUUUGCAAAACUUCUUGAAGCGGUAUAAUGAUGAGUUCAGUGGCGAGGGGCUUGAUUUGAUGAUAUCAGGUCACGUAAUGUUCCACGUAAUUCGCCUACACAGAAUCCUGAGUUACAAAAACAGGUAGGUAGUAACCGAUUUGGACUUGCGUACGUGAAGAGUAAAAAAAAAAUUAACAGUCCUUUUAAGUCCACGCUUUUGUUCUCGAGGAAACCCAUGACCACAAGGAGACUGCCUUCUCCCAGACUACCCUAGCUGAAAGGGUUAGUAUGACAAAGUGAUGUUUCCACCUCAGCUUUUGAAUGGUUAAAUUAAUGUCCUCAAUUGUAUAAGAUUAAGAAAUGGCGAUAAGUUAAGAAAACAAAAAAAAAGGAAAAAACAAAACAAAAAAACACCUAGACGAUUUCGGGGCAGCCAACAACCCCCAGUUUUGUUUUGGAAAGUUAUCCAGUUAAGUCCUGUAUGGAAAACAGUUUUAAAGGUUACGAGUUCUUUUAAAUUUUUAUUAUUAUUUUUUUUAUCCCAUGUGCUGACGCCUUCCUUUUUUAAUCUUAUCCUUACGCUUUCAAGUUCCCCUCGCACUGCUACAUGUACCAACUCGCAGUCAGAAAACCUCAGGCCAUAUCUUAACUACUUACUGAUCUCAUCACGGAAUUGUAUUUAUUGUUACAGAGGCAAUGCAUUGUUGAUUGGGUCUAUUGGCACUCACCUAAACUCCUUAGCAGCACUAGCCCUGUACAUGUUGGAAUACCCUAUUCAUCCUGUGGACUGUACCUAUCCAAACACAUUUCUUGAUGGACUCAGAUCAGCUGUACGUCAAGCUGGAUGUGACGGCAAAACCACAACUGUCCUGUUUACUGUAAGUAUUUGCUUCUUCUCGAUGGGUCAUAGAAGAGUUCCAGAAAAUCGAGAUUCCUAUCCUAAUGUCCUAAUGAUUUAGAAGUAGCACUUCCUGACACAGACAUAGUGAUUCUUCGUCCACCAUAUAUUCCUGCUCACACUGCAAUUUGAAAAUGUUGGUUUUCGAGGAGGGGAAAACCGGAAACCUCUCGAACCAACAUCAAACUCAACCCACAUACUACAGGCCAGGACUUGAAUCCAGGCCACAUUUGUGGGAGGCAAGUGCUAUUACCACUGCUCCACCCUUGCUGCCCACCACUGAGAUUUUGCAGUUCAGUGGGAUACUUUAGGUUUAUUUAACUUUAGAUAAGCUCCUUUAGGGGCUUUCAAUUAUGCCAUAUUAACCAGUUAUAGACCAGAGGGAAGGAAAAAGAGAAUAGCAUAGUUUAACAGAAGCCUACCGCUGACUUUUGUGCUAAACUUCCACAAUUCGCAGGGCAGCGGGGCUUGAACAGAGAACACGUACUACUUAAUACAAAAAUACGUUUCGGACCCAUCGGGUCAACCGAUUGAACAGGGUUAACUCCGGGGGUGGAACACUGAGUAUGCCAUCUUUGUUUGACUAGCAUUCCGGCAAAUUUUGUGUAAAUGGAAAGUGCUCCAUGUCUCAGUCCGCGUACUUUUUAGACGCGCCGCGCCAGGUGGAUUGCAAACGUGCUAGGCGAGGAAGUCUUCAGUUGGCUUUCUAGAAAUGUUGAUAGUUUGUUGAUUUUUGUUUGUAAGCCUUGAGAGCUGUUACUUCAGUGACUUUUUGAGUGGAUAGCGUUAGGGCAAGGGAAGCUUAAGGGCAUCGAACUGGCCUUAAGCAUUCCUGUUUCUGAAUAUUAAAGGAAAAAACGGUUAAUGUUUAAAAUAGAUAAACCGAAAAAGCAGUUUUGCAAGCAAAAAGAUUGGUAGUCAUCCUCGUCAAUUUUCCUAAAGUUGAAAAUUAGCCCAACAGGUCUUUUGUGGAGCUUACAUGCUUGAAUCCCUCGCCAGGUAAGCUCAUUAUCACGGGCAUUAUUGGAAGACUUCUAGAUAGAUUAGCUACGUAGUCUGCGUUUGUCAUGCCUAUUCUGUAUCUUUGAUUCAGGCACCAGAUCUUCUCGAUGAUAUGUACCUUGAUGCUCUAAACAGCCUGCUUGUCAGUGGAGAGUACCCACCAUUGUUCUCUGUAGAUGAACUGGACAGCCUACUACAGGUAAUACGUGAUUAAUAAAUUGGUCCUGCAUUUGUCCUUUUUUAUAUUAUUUGUUUGGUUGUUUAGUUUUUGUUGCCUGCAAGGUGUGUUAGUAAUUAGUAACUUUCCUGUUAUAAGAGUACCUGAUGAUGGUGUGUUUUUCAAGGACUACAACGGUGACAAUUAGGGAAACAUUAAUGUUUGGAAAACAAUUUCGGACUGUACAAAAUAACAGGAGGUUUCUCAUUUUCAUGUUACGCGAUAGAAGAAAAUUAUUAACCGUAGUGGCUCGUGUGUUUGUUUCAUUUUGUCAGGCUUUGAUGCCCGCGAUCAAGAAGAAGUUCUCCAACUUUUUGGCAGAUCCUAUGAAGUUUUUUAUCACUCGAGUGAAGGCUAAUCUUCACAUCAUUCUCUGUCUCCCACCCACCCAUAGACUUCUCAGAAUAGGCCCACGGUAAGGCAUUCAGGAAGAAGUGGUUUGUAAAUGCACUACCAAGGGAAAAAUUUCUCUCUUUUGUUUAAUUUCGAUCAUGGCAAUUUUGAGUAUAAAAGCGAUGGUGCCAUUGAAGUGAUGGGACGUCAAGAAGCUAUCGCUGGAGACCUGUGCUGUUGAAUCCCUUGGUUAUGACCUGUUGAUGCAUUAGCUCUGAUGAUAAACUUAGGGUUUGGCUUUCACUCCCCCAACGAUGGCUCAGAAUAUUUGUUUAGAUGCGGUCCCUUGAACCAGAAGAAGGCCAUGGUCAAAGCUACUUAGCCUUUCACUAGUCUACUGAUUAGUGAUACCAAUUUUCUUUUUUGUAAAAUCCAGAAAAAAACGUACUUUGCAAAAGUUCUACCAGAGAGGUUUUAUAUGAUUAGUAACCCCACAGGAUUUCAUCAACAGACUUCAAAAUUUAAAACUACAUAAGAAGUAAACAGUAACAUGUGAAAGUGCUGCUGAAGAGGUUUCAUUUGAAUGGUCACACCAUAUGAUUUCAUCAAAAGACUUCAAGGGUUAAAACUACAUACUAAAUAAAUAGUAACAUGUGAAAGUACUGCUGACGAGGUUUUAUUUAAAUGGUCACACCCAUAGCAUUUCAUCCACAGACUCAAAAGUUAGAACUACAUACUAAAUAAAUAGUAACAGAUGAAAGAAGUGCUGAAGAGGUUUCAUUUGAAUGUUCACACCGCAUGAUAUCAUUCACAGACUGGAGAGUUAAAACUACAUGCUAAGUAAAUAGUAACAUGUGCAAGUACUGCUGACCAUUCAAAUGGUUUCAUUUCAAUGAUAACACCUUAGGAUUUUGCCACAGAAUUAAAAGAUAAUCUCGCUGUAACUUGUGUCGCAAGAGUUUCCUUAGUGUUUUAGUUUGUGGCCAGUCAAGAGAGGAACGUUUUCUUGUUCGCAGGUGUUACCCGGGUAUCUUAUAUGGCUGCCAGAUGGAUUUCGUAAAAGACUGGCCCCAGUAUGCACUAGAAGGAGAGGCCAGUCAUUAUCUAGAGAGACAUGAUGUUCUUCUUGAUAUCUCCGAACAGACAAGGUACCUUAUUCUUUUUUGUUAUAUUAACACCAAUGAAAUUCCAAGUGAGCUUUCGCGCGAAAACUUGAUAUCUUCACAUGUGAAAAUAACAUGUCAUCUCCACAAGUGAAAAUAUCACCAUUGCUAUGGCUUCAUAAUAAACCGCACCUUUCAGACCCAGAAACUAUUUAAGUAAAAUGGUUUGGCAUUUCAUUGGUGUUUAUAUAAUACAUAGAACAUUACAUGGUCGCUUGGAGAUACGAAAUUUCUCUACUCGUGUUGAAAAAAAUAUUUCACUCGUUCGCUGUGCUCAUUCGUGAAAUAUUUUUCAACAUUCGAAGAGAAAUUUCGUAUCUCCGCGCGGCCAUGUAAUAUCCUCUAUCUACGCCCUGCUCGGCUCAAGAAAAUAGAUUUAUUUCUAUUAAAUUCAAACUAGUAAGGCUUCUGUUUACAUGUAAGCACGGUGAUUUCGGCGCGAUUUCUGUAACGGAGCGCAACUGCCCCGCGCCUAUGUCGAGAGUGGAGUGCCUCAUAUCGGAUAGGUUUAGUGACGCACUCUGGUUCAGUGUGAUUAGGUAGAGGACCGGAACCCACUGAGACGGAAGUAAAUAUUCAGAGGGCGGAUUAGGAUUUAUAGAACAAACCCUCUCGUCCAACCGCUCCAGCACGAUGUUCGAUGUGUGUGAAUGACUUGUUCCAGUUCUGUGCCGAGCUGUUUAUGCUAUAACGUAUAGCUUUUCGAGUCGCACUAAAAACUACCCGAUGUAGUGUGAACAUAGCGUUAGUUAGGGUACCGAAAUGUUUUAACGAUAUUGGUUGUCUUUACACUAGGCUGUUAAGUAAGACUUAAGAGCUGCUAAGUUUUACUUAACCAAAAAUGCGUGUGUGAAAGCCUAAGUAAAAUCUGAAGUAACUUUAUUUUGCAUCUCAUUAAAUUCGGAAAGUUGAAACGAUUUAAGAAAGUUUCAAGUGACUUGAAAACCAUUCUUAAGAAAUAAAUAUUAACAUGUGAAAGAAGUGCUGCAAAGGUUUCAUUUAAAUGUUAACACCGCAUGAUAUCAUUCACAGACUCAAAAGUUAGAACUACAUACUGAAUAAAUGGUACCAUGUCAUAGUACGGCUGAAGAGCUUUCAUUUGAAUGAAGUUGAAACGAUUUAAGAAAGUUUCAAGUGACUUGAAAACCAUUCUUAAAACCGACUUAGCGAACUUGCAGUUUCUAAGCUUUCAGAAAGGCGAAGCAUGUCAAUCAAUCUUAAUUAUGUUUUGUGGGAAAAUAGGCUUAAGUAAACCUGAAGUAAAAAAGAUAGGUCGUGUGUGAAGCUUUCUUUUACUUGAAGAAUUUAAAAUUUACUUAUCGUGAAAUAUUUCUUAGCUUAUUUAGGCUCUAGUGUAAAGACUACCAUUAACUUAAAAUUACCAUUUCAGGGACAAAGUUGUAGCAUCACUCUCAACAAUACACGGGCAUGUGCUGAGAGAUUGCCAUCAGAUACCUUGGGCUGGAGAUGAUCAUCUGUUAAAAAGAGAACAGUCUCCACCUCAAGACGGGAGCGCAAGUGAACCUCGCUCUCUGUCAAUUUUGCUGGAGAAAAUCAGCUUGAAACACCAGCGCGAUGGUGGAGUUGAUGUCACUGGAGACGUGUUUGUUGGUCCUACCACCUAUGUUCAGUUCAUGCACUGUUUUAGACAUAUCUUCAGGGACAAGAGAAAGGAGGCCAACGAGAGAGUUGACCGACUGACGUAAGUAUUAAGUGCAAAGAUCAUCGCAGAUAAAGACGCAACUUUUGCAGUUGCGAUAAGAAAGCCUGAAAAAACUCAGGUUUGUACGGGAUUCAGAUCCUGACCUCUGCAAUACAGGUGCAGCGCUCUAACCAAUUGAGCCAACGAGCCAAAUGGGAGCUGAUCAUUAAAUUGGUUCGUAAUUAAAAAAUGGCUAGGUGAAGUACACAUACAUACGCAAACAAAACAAAAUAAAACGAAACUAUUUUAUCUUUUCCUGCUGAUUUAACCAAUUGGUUCAUGCUCACAAUAGAAAAAAACUAAUGUUUUAGUUUGGGUAAAAUCAAGUUUACUUUUUCACCAAUACAGGACAUUAAGUCUCAGUAAACAACCUUGUAAAUUAUGACCUUUUUUGUCUUAUUUAGUCGAGCUCUUUCAACCCUUGAGCAAACACGAGAAGAUGCAGUUCUGAUCAAAGAAUUGAUUUCACAGACCAAACAGCAGCUUUCUGCAGCUACGGUCAAGUCAGAUGAGCUGCUGGAGGCCCUCACUGCAAAGGCAACAGUGCUAGAGAAACUUAAAGCUAAACUGGGUAUCGGGAGUGCCACUCUUAGUGCUUUUGUAGCACUUAUAGACAGCGAAAUUGAAGAGGAGGACACUGCUUUGUUGCAGGUUACUAUUUUUAUUAACUUUUAACCCCCUGAGUCCCAUGAGUGAUCAACAGCAAUUUUCUCUCAACAAUAUCAGGUUAUCAUCAAGAGGAAAGGUUAUGAGAAUCGAUAAAUCAAAUUCUCUCGACUUAUUCUCAAAGGAAAUGUAUGGAGAUCAGUUGGGAGAAUUUCUAUGUUGAUAUUGGGGUUGAAAGGUUUAACAUUUCUUAGUUUACCAUGUUUUUUCUGUGGAUAGAAAAUUCGAAGCGAAGUGGCUUAUCAUUGGGCUAGAUAGACGCAUCUUUGCUCAUAUUUUUUUCGUGCGAAAAACGUAAGAAGCACCAUAUAAUGUACAUGCUUUAAAAUUGGAUAAAAAAUCACUUAAUCACUUGAUGGCGUAUUAUACAAGCCACUUAUUUUUGAUUGCACUCCCGUGAGCCUACUCUGAGAAACCUAUGAGUGGGUGGGAGACAAAGAAUAAUCGUAAAAGGGUUGACUAAACUGGAAAGUGCACUUAGCUUAUUCAGCUAGUUUACAGGCAUUCCACUCAAAUAAGUAGAAACAAAUAAUUCAAACAGAACGUACCAGGAUUAAAACCCAAACCUAACAGGAGGCAACCAGUCGGCUAUUCACAAGCGUUCUUGGGGAUUUGAAAUCGGGACGACCAAGAACAAAUCCAGCAAGGGACCAGAACGAGAAUCGAACCAAGGAUCACCAGAUGGCGAGUCGUCCGACUUGAUGACCACGCCGACUUGAUGUCCACGCCGACUUGGUGACCACGCCGACUUGAUGUCCACGCCGACUUGAUGACCACGCCGACUUGAUGACCACGCCGACUUGAUGUCCACGCCGACUUGAUGACCACGCCGACUUGAUGUCCACGCCCACUUGAUGUCCACGCCCACUUGAUGUCCACGCCGACUUGAUGACCACGCCGACUUGAUGUCCACGCCGACUUGAUGACCACGCCGACUUGAUGUCCACGCCGACUUGAUGACCACGCCGACUUGAUGUCCACGCCGACUUGAUGACCUCGCCGACUUGAUGUCCACGCCGACUUGAUGUCCACACCGACAUGAUGACGACGCCGACAUGAUGACCACGCCGACUUGAUGACCACGCCGACUUGAUGUCCACGCCGACUUGAUGUCCACACCGACAUGAUGACCACGCCGACUUGUUGUCCACGCCGACUUGAUGACCACGCCGACUUGAUGACCACGCCGACUUGAUGACCACGCCGACUUGAUGUCCACGCCGACUUGAUGACCACGCCGACUUAAUGUCCACGCUGCCUCCUGAAGAUAAGCCUAAAUCUCGCGAGUGAGAAAAAAGGAAUGAAGUAAUGAGCCCUAAAACUGGAAAUUGAAUGGUAUACCCUUGCAUAUUGCUUGUCCUUUUAAAUGAAGGGGUGAAAGGCUGAUUCGCUUGCUUUGUUUGAAUAGGAUGAUGAAGCAGACGAGUUGGAUGAAGAAUUUGAAAAGCUAAAGAACUCGAACCUGAAAAGUCGUCGAUUGAAGGUUAUUGAGGAAACUAAGCUAGCUGAGGGAGCCUUGGAGGAUUCCAAGAAAGCUCUUAAGAAGUGUGAAGAGCAGGUUAGUUUAACCCUUGUUGAAAUAUCCAAUCUGCAAAAUUCCGUCGUCCGUAUGUCCGACCACCACAACUUUUCGUCAAAGUUCUAGUAUUAUAUUGCAAAAAUUGUGUGUAUCAUUAAUAUACAUAUUUAGUCAAUGCCAAAAGCGAAGGUCUGCCGUAAUUCAACUUUUUUCAUAAGCAAGAAGCAAACUAAAUUCCACCUGCAAUAUGAACCUCAGCCUGCGAUCAAGUGAAUAUUAAUAACUGGUCAGCGACGAACUUUAUAAAACAAGUCACCUCAACAAAUUGUACACCUGAGCCCGUGAUAAGUCAUGUGACACUGGUCAGCAGUUACUUUUUUGGCAGCUGUCAAUUGACCGUAACAUGGAGGUCCAAUUAUCAAGUUUAACACCGAUUGUAUGCUACCUGGGACUCCAAACAAGUAAAUGUGCCAUUUCACAUCCGCUAACAUGAAAGGGUUGACUUAUAGACGUACGUACGGACGAUUUUCAUUUUUGUCAGAACCAAAAUUUCUCCGCUUCUUUCGCGCGCGCGAAAGCUCCACUAUUACGGGUGACAGGUAGGGUAUCCAUUAAGUUACAACCAACAUGAACAGUACCAUAUAGUUUUUCCUUUGUUUGUUUUACACAGGUAUAUCAUUGGAUGCACAGGGUAGAUCGCUCCUUGUGUGAGCGUCUUAGAGCCUUUCAGAGCCCCCCUCCAAUGGCAGGCAUGGUGAUGGUCAUGGUAAUGGUGCUACUAGGAAGACCAGAGUUUGCUGCUGGGAUCGGAGGAGCGGGGUCCAGCCACCCUCCACCCACCAGACACGAGCGCAAGGGAGAGCAGAGCUCUUCCUUGGGAACAGGAUCUGAUGAGGCAUCUCGCACCAGCUCUGCAACACAUAAGAGAAGAGGUACCAAUUAUGCACAUCAUAAGGGAUCACCUCAGACUCCUCUUCUGGGUAAGACCUGGUUAACUUGUUUUACAGUAAUUUCUUUAAAACUACUGUCUGAUCUGGUUUGUCUAACCUGCGAACAUGCUCUCUGAUGGAUUUGUAGAAGUGGAAUUGAGAUGUUUUUUUUUUUUUACCAAACAACAAAAAAUUAUUUCUUUAAAAUUAUUUCAAUUACAGUUAUAAAGACCGACUCAGCUGCCGACUCGCGGGUAGCAUUACUAGUCGAGGCAAAUUCGUGCUCUUUUCGAUCAAUCACGCAGUUUCCCUCAGCCCUAACCCAUACCAAAACACAAUGAACUCUGUCAAACCUGAAGUCAUAUGGAAAUUAAACAUCGUUUGUAUCAUGUACCCAAGUUGUGUGUAAAAAGGACCGGAGUUCAGGGUUAUGUGCAUUUCUGGACAUAAGUGGAGACAUUUUUGAAAGACCUCUUGUUUUCUAGUGUAAAUGUUAUUGUCUCAAUUUCUGUACGCCACUGUUGACAUUCUUGGUAAAGGUUCAUUUAUUUUUAUAGAUCUUUGGAUAUUAAAUUUUCAGUAGUCUUCCUCAAAGGACAUGUGUCAAAAAAAGAGAGAAAUGGGUCAGUCGGUCAUAGAAUGUUAUUCUCUUAUUUAGGCGUCAAUGCUGAAGGCAAAGUCGAUCGCCCAACAUGGAAAGCUAUCCAACAGGUCAUGAACGACUCACAGAAGUUCUUAGACAAUUUACACAACGUGCCUUGGAAAGAAGGCUUACCUGACGACAUUCUUAAAGGGGUCCAGUCCUUUUUAGCUGCCUCUAAUGGCGGAGAUGUAAAUGACAGUGACCUGGGAUUUGCUGCUCCAGGCGCUAGUGCCAGUACUUACCAAACGCCUCCUGGACGAUCAUCUGUUCCCACAGGUACAGCUUUUGAUUUGUUAUUUUUGCCAAAAACAGGACUGCGAAUAUUUUGUUCCUCUUUUAAAUGACAUUCGUGCGAUAAGGUCACCUUUUUAGUCGGAGAGGUCCAAAGGUUGUCGGCCAUGCAUUGUAUUAACUAUUAAUUUCUUGAAGUAUGUCAUAGUUAGUAGACUCCUUUGCUACAUGUUUUUGCGGACCUGACGGCAUUCCUAUCAUUUUGAUCUUAUUGACCAAAUAACGUUGCAUUAAUUUAUUCCGUCACAAUUUGUGAACAACAAGCAAUGGUUGCGCACGGUCAGCGAGCUUCCAACAUAAACUGCAGUAUUGUUGUUUAUAUCUUUGAUGCUUGACCUUUUAUAACCAGUCUCCUCUAACCACGAGUAACCAUGAGUCUGUGUACUGAGCAGGGCCCAGUUGUUCGAACGCCGGUUAGCGCUAACCCAGGGUUAAAUUUUAACCAGUGCUUCUUUUUCUUUUCAUCAAAAGCACUCUCUGGGAUGAUUUUCUAUAUUUUUUUUAGAGUACCCAAUCAUCAAAUUGUAGGCAAAGAUAAUUAAACUGAAUUUUUUUUUAAGCUAUCAUAGCUGAGUUCAAAUUUCACAUUAACCCUGGGUUAUCUUAACCCACCUUCGAACAACCCGGCCCAGAUCUUUAGCUGCAAAAUGUGUCUUUUAUGGUGUUUGAUCUGACCGGUUGUUGUUUUCCGACUGCAGUUACGAUUUUGUUGGACAUUGGGCAACUUUUAGUCGAAAAUUGCCCAAAGAUCUACUGUAGUGUGCAGCUCUGCAAAAAAGAUCAAAAUCUGCCGUGAUAUUCUUUGUGUUACUUCACCCGAAGUGAAAGGGGCUCUUUAGAAAAAAAAGCGAAUUUUUUUUUUUAUUGAAAAGCGAUUUCCAAGUCUUACCUCCUCUUAGGAGGCUGAUGUUUUUUAACCUCAGUUUUGGCUCUUUGGCAUUGAAAUGUUGUGCCAGACAUGCGAAACAGUUUUAAAUGAAAUUAAAUAAAAUAUUUAUUUAAUACAGUUAACAACAAGUACUGCAGGCGAGAUCAGCGGUUAGUCGUUCGGCUCAAGCGCGGUCAGCCUUGCUUGCAUCACCUCCACUCUCUUCGUUUAGCCUUUGGAUCAUUCUUUUACCUCCAUCCUUCCCCCUCCCUCCCCCCUUCUUUAUUCUUCCACUGAUAAAUCAGUGUGACAGGUGCCUGGUUCCAUUGGCGUGGGGGCUCAUGGCUUGAGGGCGCUGGUUUGCCAUCCAUGGGGGCGUAACUCCGUCUAGGGGCUGAAGGUGAAAGCCCCUGGACAUCACCGGCACCCACCUCCACUAAGCGACGCAGUUGUUAACGGUUCUCGUUCAAUUGAUGUCCUUCAAACUCAAGCGGGGCCUUGUAAAAUGGUCCUGCAAUGUUGCUGGUAACUAAUAGCACCGCAGUAAGAUUACCAGAAUUUGAUAUUCGGCGUUGCAUUCCUUAUAUAAGAGUUUUAAGGCAAUGACCGUGGACAGGCAUAUAGUUCUUGCAACUGAAAAGAAAUGAAACUUAGCUAAAAUCCUUCGUUCCAUGUCCCCAACAGAACGAAAAAUGCAAGGAAUCACAAUCGCAGCCGCCAAGUACUCGUCUGAGGACGCCGCAGUGCUGGUGGAGUACACAGUGGCCAUUGUGGAGUACACACGGUUGUAUAAGCCUUACAGGAAAGCCUCUGAUUACUUACAAGAUCUUCUGAGGGAACAGGAAGAAGACGAGAAACAGGCUGAAAUUGAUCGGACCGCUAAGGACCAGGAAAAGGAAAAGGUAAGAUCAAACGACUACGGUGAUCUGCUUUGCAUUUGUUUCUUUAUUCCACGAUUCGAAUAUAUGCAAUUCAUAUAUUCAUCAUUUCAUCUUCAUUUUUAUCACGAACCAAUUUAAUGACCAGCUCUCAGUUUGCUUGCUAGCUCAGUUGGUAAGAGCGCUGUCAGGGUUCGAAUUCCGGAGAUCCAGAAUUUUUUUUGGCUUUCCUUUCGAUGAAAUGGAUUUAUUUGUUAUGGUUUAUUUUUUAUCUCAGGUAAUUUUUGUUUUUGGGUUUGUUAAUGUAUGCUAAUGAAGUUGAAUUAGAGGAAAAAGAAAAAUUACCUGAGAUAAAAAAAAAUAAUAACUACAUCAUAUUCAUCAUUUCAAAAGACUUCUUAUUCCCCUUCCUUUACAAAUCAUACCAAAGGGAUUGUAAAGAUGUGACCUGAUGGUACGUGGAACUUUAAAGGUCAUUUAUUCACAGGCCAACCGAUCUGCCAUCCCAUUAGAACUGCACUGUAUUUCCUAGGUUUAUCUGCAUUUAUCUGUUGACGCGAAGAGUUUCGCUGAUAACAGGACCGACAUAAAGUCGCUCCAUUUCUUAAGUCUAUUGCGUUCUAACAGAUGCAUGAUAAUCAGUCAGAUGAUCUUUGAUUAUCUCCUAUCGAAUAUGCUUUUGUUUUGGCCAGCCCUUCGGCACAGGGACGUCUUAGUCAAUAGACAACAAACCAAUCUUCGCGCAAUCAACCUGAUGGGUUUAAAUUACCUUUAAGAAAAUAUGACGGCUUUACAGAAAGAAUAAUUUCCCUUUGUUAUUUAUUCAAGCCACCUACGCCAGAACCAGAAGCUGAAUUAACAGAGGCCGAUUUACCGGAGAUUCAAGCAGCUGUAAGGAAGCUACUGGAGGAGUACGAUAAAGCAGUGGUAGUGAAACAUAACCUGCAGAAUGACGUACAGUCCUGCAGUGAGAGACUUAAGGCUGCCACAGCCUUACUUAAGAGGUAUGUGGGUGACACUUAGCUAUGAUCGGAUUUUGCCACAGGGCCUGCACAAGAGGCAAAUAUUUUCCCCCGGCCACUAGCGGAAUGAACCCCAAUUUCUUUCACAGGAAGCUAGAAGAAAAUAGAACCAAGGGAAUUUUUUUCCACAUGCGUAUUGCAUACACCCAGCAACUUAACAUCUUAGGGACAGCCCUGCUGGGUAGGUGUUGUGUCAGAUUGCACUGUGGGUCUGCGUUGGUGGCAGUACCACUUUCAUUGCAUGGCUAUCAGUUACUGGGUUGUGCAGAAAAGAAGGUGGGUUCAAAUGGGUUCCGAAGAACAGUCCCAUAGUGUAAUUCGAGAAAACGCUGACCCAGUCUCUAACACAACCUAACACUUGCAUGCCUUCAGUUAAAACUUGGUUACUGCGGGAGUCGAGCCGGAGAAAAUGAAGUGUUCGUCCUCUUGCCAAUAGCUGGAGAUAUGAACUGAUAGAGUCUUUGAAGCAUUUCAAAAUGGUGUUUAGGCGGUUCAGUGGGUUAUUACAAUUGUAUAUCUGGGGAGAAAAAAGUUUUCUUUCUUCUAUGAGUUAUAGGUUGCAGGGCCAUGAAAAUUUAGUCUCGAAGGAUGGACAGGUUUAGGUCGCCGAAAAUCAUUUUUUAGAGAAAUAUAAAUAAUGCAUUAUCAUCUUUCCAAUUUGUAACAUCCCUACGAAAUGUUCAUCGAUCUUAUGUAUUGUCUUUAUCUUUUCACAGUCUGAAACACAUGGAACAAGAGUGGAAAGCAUACGUUGACGAGUAUACCUCAUCAGAGAUACUGCUGUCCAAUUGUGUCGCUGCUGCAGCGUUUCUCACUUACUGUGGUGCAAUGGGAGUUGACAGAAGGUUCGUAAACAAAAACAACUCUUUCGAUUUUUUUUUUCUUUUAAAUACUUGCUGCGAUGGAUAUUUUUUUUUGUAUUUUUAUUUGUAGGAAACGAAUGGGAAAGUUUUUCAUGCGAGUGUGCAAGGGUAAUGGGUUGAAAGUUCAAUUCCAGCAUCUCUUUGAUCGUCUCACUCUUCCGGAAUUUCUCAAGGGCAAGGUUUGUUUUCUUUCUGCCACUUCUAAAUAGUCUGUAAAACGCCAUGUUCAACCCCCAAAACAUUUUGCGUAAGAGUUGUUGCCAAUUUCUCUUAGGCCUAGGCCAGACGUCGAACUUUUCAUGAGACGAACCAAACUUUAAUUUGGGUCGACCUAACUCAAGUUAAGAUCGUCCGUUGGGACGGACGUCGAACUUAGGACUAGUCAAACUAAUCAAUUGAAUCAGAUCAGCAAUAGCUUUUCUCCCAAACGAGUAAAAUAUACAUUAUCUUACAAUUUUUUUUUUAAUUAUUAGUUUAGUUCGUUGCAUGUGAAGUCGACGUUUAUCCCGGAGACGAUCUUCAGACGUUCUAUCCGUCUGAAGCAGACGGGUACAACGUGUUGGAAGAUCCAAACUCUUUCAGACGAACUUAACUGAGCCAGACGUCGAAUUUUUCAGGAACUUAAAUCACAAACUUUGGUUCGUCUCAUGAAAAGUUCAACGUUUGGCCAAGCCCUUAGAUAUUACGGUCGUCCCAAGAGAAAGAGAAAACAACGCUUAUGCAAAAGUUGCCUAUUCUCUGUUGGAUUCAGAGGCAUUUUUUUUAUUUUAAUUAAUUAAUUUAUUUCUUUAUGUGAUAAAGCAGUUCUACUCUACCCUGUUACAGGGUGUCAAGCGUCCUAUAUAUUCCUAUAAAAUCCUAUAAAGUCCUAUUUUUUCAGACUUGUCCUAUAAACUCCUAUAAAUUGAGGUAAAUCCUAUAUUUUCCUAUAUUUUAAGCCUUCUUGUAAAAAAAAGAAUAUUCAAGAAAUGUAAAAGUUGUAUUGGCGUUUAAAAUCCACAAUCCAGGAGAUUUUUUGUCACAAAUAUCUGUUAGAAACAGCUUAGAAAGCAAAUUGCCCAAUUUGCACUCUUGCAAUGCAUUGUGGGUUGACUGUGGGGGGUCUUUCUGGCUGCCAUGUUGGUGUUGAGAGGUGAGUUUAUAUUUUACAUCCAUUUCCAUCCUCUUUGUAUUCUAACAAUAGCUGUUUAUCAUUAUGUCACCUCACUUGAGAUUGAUGACCCUUUGUUCUUGUAUCUAUUUUGAAUGAGAAAAGCAAAUACACUUGUUGCUUCAAUGUUUCUUUUAUGAUGUAACAUCAGAUACGGAACGAACCACUUUUGUUUCUGAUAUGAUUAUUAUCCUUUCGUCCAAAAAUGCCUUUUAUCUUGUAGAAUAACUUACUUAGAUGCUUUAAUGUGAAUGCAGGAUUUGCCCAAGUUCUUCAACAUUCAGAGAAGAGUAAGACACACAUUCGUCUUGCAAACAUAGCAUUGACAGUCAGACAAAGAUAGCAUUUAAAACCAUUCAUAAUUCAUCGUCCAUAGAAUCACAGGCUUCUGUUGACAACUACAGUUUCAGGUCAAGUGAUGGUAUCGGAGAUACAUUUAGAGCGAAGUUCAGCAAUCCUGAACACUCGAAACUUUUUCAAUGAGCAGAACAAAGUUGUCGUAUGUAAUUGGACAUGGUUUUGGACCUGUUUUCAAAGAAGAGCUCAUUUCUGACGUUAGAGCUUCACAGAGUCCCUUCAGUCUUCAGUACGACGAAACAACACAGUGUCAAGUUAAAAAGCAGAUGGAGUUGCACAUCCGAUACUGGUCACCAGUCCACAAUGAGGUGUGGAUAAGGUAUUACCGUCUGUUCAGGAUCAUGUCCACAUUUAGAAGCGACGUUUAAAAAGAGGGAUUUCAGUAAACAGCAGAAUGUUAACAUCUGAAAGAAACAAACUGUCAGAAGAAACAAAUUAAACAAAUUAUUUGUUAGAUAUCAACGCUUCAAACCAGGCCUUUAUGUUAUCAAACUACUUUGUUUUUUUUGGCCAUAUCAGUGCAAUUACUGUUAGACUAAAAAAAAGGUUAGCAAGCUGGUAUGUCGAUGUAAAACAACAAGAAGUAAAUUUGGGUAUAGUGGACCUUAACCUUGACUUAUGCCAAUGUACAAUGAAGCCUCUGUUAUUUCCUGCAUAUAGAUUGUGUUGAAGACUUGGGAAAAUAUGCAGUUACCUACAGAUCCAAUCUCCAUGGACACUAUAUGCAUUUUCUCUCAAGAGGAGUCUUCAGACUCGUGGGCUCUGCUAUGUGAUCCACAGAGAAUAGCUAUCACCUGGGUUCUCACCAUGCUUGGUCAAACAACGCUAGUCAAGUACAAGGUUUGUUACCUGGAAACUCUCUAUUAAAGUGUUUUUUUUCUUUUCCUGCUGCCGUAAACUGCCACUUGUAAGCCCUAUAGGCUUAUACAACUUCUUAAGGGGUCUUCGGAGGGCUUAUCAACGGAAGGGCUUACAUCAGAGGGGGGGCUCACAACCGGAAAAGAAAAAGGACCUCGAAACAAGCUAUGGCAGUGUUGAUCAAAAUGCAUCCUCGGAGACCCAGGGGCAGUUCGUCGGGACGAUAGAACUUUCACCACGAAGGCACGAACAUUCUAUUGUCCCGACUAACUGCCCCUGGGUCUCUGAGGAUGAUAAGAAUGCGUUUUCCAUUUAUAAGUUUCGAAACGUCAUGUAAAAAAUCGAAUUCAUUUCAAUACGUUUGAAGGGGUGCUUGUGUCAAAGGGGGUUUAUAAUCGGUUGUUUUCUUUUGUGUACAAGUACAUUAGCCUAUAACAAGGGCGGGAAGGGGCUUAUAAGUGGGGGAAGUUAUAACCGGCAGUUUACGGUAUUCUUCCUAGUAAAUUAACUAAAAUCUUUGUUUUUCAUCAGGAGCUUCGCGGUCAUUUGGAGACGUGCUUGAUCGAGGGCACUACGCUGGUUGUGACGGAUGUAGAUGUAAACGAGCUGGAGUAUGAUAGCAGGUUCUAUUACAUACUUAGAAGUCGCUACAGGUUCCUGACAUCUGCUACUCCCUUUAAACUUAUGGUGAGUUCCAUCAUGCUUUUUUCCGUCUUCUUGACGCUAAAUGAAUGACAGUGUCAAGAAACUCACAAUCAGUCCCUGGCACUGCCCUUAGUUCUUUUGGCGUAUAUGAUUGAUUGUUUGACUGAUUGACUGAUUGGCUUACUGGGUGAAUAGCGAAAGAUAUCGUUGUUGUUUUAUUGAAUGAAUGAUUGUUUGAUUAAUAAAAGCAUAAGUCCUGUCUUCUUUAAUAAGCUGAAUGCUUUCAUUUGUGAUGCCCCCUCCUUAUUUUCUUUCCAAUCCAGAGUUAAAAACUUUGGCUUCUUUCUAGUUACUGAAUUCUUAACUUAAAUUAGUCUUUGUUUAGUUUUUCGUUACGACGUGUACUCCGCGAAUUUCGAUUUACUUAUUCUUUGUGACGUGGGAGCCCAGGCUUCAAAAGCCCUCCGGUGUCUUCUUAGCCUCCCACGCAAGCGUUUUUAGGGGAGCUCGUUUUUCAUCCCUCCCCACAAGCGCCGUUUGUGGGGAGGGAUGAAAAACGAGCUCCCCUUAAAACGCCUGCGUGGGAGGCUAGUUACUGGGCUGCCUGUGCGGCCCAGUCAUAAAAUGGGCUUUCGGUCGUCUGCGGCGAAAAACGGCCUCCCGGGGGAGGGAAGACACGAGGGUCUGGCACCGAGAAACGAUUUUCUCACAAAUGGUUUCAUAUGAUUUUCUCUUGUACGAACCCUUGCACGGAUACUUUUUGUACCUCGUCUGCGCUCCCCCUGAAAAACCCACAAAGCGUUGCGAACCUGAAGAAGGCUAUUUGCGUUGUUCGAAGCGAUUCGAUCGUGGGGGUCACUCUAUAAUUUUUUUUAUUGUUCGAGUUUAAGUCAGUUAAAUGAUGUUGGCGCUGGGAAACUCAGAGAAAUGCUCGCGUUGCAUUCAAACCGACACGCCGUUCACGGUAGGUUCACACUAAAAGAUGACUGUGAGCGUCAGGUUUGGAACGCCGUGGCCGCUUCGUGAACUCAAAGAGAGAAUUAUCGAUCGAUAUAGUACAUGAGCAAUUAAGAAGCACAAUUUAUGAGCAAGGUAUUUCACCAGUUGACGACAGUAUGGCUGAAGACUUGAUUGUAAGCCUUCGUAGUCAGUGAAGCGAACAACUCAGUUGCCGAUGAGCGAGGGUCGUGACAACUUUGCCAUGUUAGAAGACUGGCUUUUCCUUUAAAUAUUUCCUUGUAUUUAAUACAACACACGCCACUUUGGAGGUCUAAAUUUCGGAUAUUGAGGAUAAAGAAGACAAGGACAAAAAUAGGGACUGAGAAUUUCGCACACAAGUUUAAAGCUGCACCGAGACAUCCCAUCCGGGAGCUUCACAGAGAGCGACUUGAGGAAAAUAGGAGCUAUUACUGACAAGGUUUGGUGACUGAGUAGAGCAUACAAGUGUAGCCCACGUCGAGGUUUCCGGGGGUUUGCUUUUGUUUGUAUUUGUAUCGUGCCAAGCUUUUAUCAUUAAAUUUGUACAUGAUCUUGUGAUCUCAAUUCUGUGUUUUCGCCCAUUCAGCAAGCACGCUAUAUUGAUGUCAGCAUUAGCGAGUUUCAGAAACAUGCCUUUGAAAGUUUUCAGCUCUCGUGAUGUUUCUUGAUAUUUCUUUUACCAUUUUAUGGAGAUGUAAACUGAAGUCACCGCAAAAUGGAAACUUAAAAAAAAGUAUAAUACAUUUAUCUCGAAACAUAACACACAUGACUUAUACGACCUUUAUUUUCGUAAAGCUGUUUUGAAUACGAACGAACACAGUCAAUGUGAGGGGCAAAAACAGCAUUAAUAUAAAUGAACCAUAGGGUUUUAACUAAUAUAAGGGUCAAUUAUUGUGCAUUGAGAUGAAUCGCUUGAAAAGAGAGACUUCGCUUGAAGAUGUGAUCAGAAGUAAACAAAGGCAUAAUCGUGCGUCACGUUCAGUCUUUUUAAUAUCCAAGGAGUCACUGUGAAUAGUGUUUCCAUAUUGUUUAGCUGGCACAAAAACUUCGGACGAGUUAUAAAGCGGCAUAGUUAUCUUCCAUGAAGAAAAGUUCGUCUUGGGUGAGACAAACAGAACUGGAGCGAAUUUUUAACUCGCAUCGGUAUCAGGUAAAAAAUAUGUUAUCGAUCGUUUCAUCUAUUUACGUUGUUUGAAGUGCGUGCUGGUGAACGCAACAUGCGAGCGAGAAAUCUUUAAACUUUUUUAGGUCUCAAAAUGCAAAGGAUUUUAUUCCUUUAAGUUAGAGAAAAUACCAUGAGGAAAAUCUUAAAACUGAAUAUUUUUCAUCUUGUGGAAAAAAUAGUGCGUUUUCUUGUAGACUGUGGACCGCAAAUUAGGAUCGCACUUUUCACAAACAUGCGAAUUCUGAAGUUCAGAAGCCAACCGACGAUUGCGUUUUUCGCUGCUGUCAAUCAUCUUAACGGACCUCUUAGGAAACAAAACUUUACUGCACGGGUUCAAAAGGUCAUGGUUUGUGAUUUGUGGAUUUCGAUCCGUUUUGUGUGUUUCUCUGUUUCAAGGUUCGUUGCUUGUGAUCGUAAUUAUGAUUGACGGCAGCGAUAAACUUGCGGUGGCUUCUGAACUUUAGAGUUCGCAUGUUUGUGAAAAGCGCAGUAAAGUCUCCGUGCAGUCAGUGAGGCCCUGGAUCAGGCGGGAUCAAUGGGCAGUUAACUGUCUGUUUUAGUAUACUUCUGGUUUUCAUACAAAUAACAAUAUUUCUGUCUAGUGUAAAUCAGCUCAGUCUGUCACAUUUUAUGCUCGUAGAACGACAACAAUUUUUGGAAUUUCCAGUUACGUCAAAUUAGUCACGUUAUACUGUCACGCUAUAUUUUGGGGCAAAGAGGGAUUGGGGGAGGGGUACGUGGAAAUAAUGCAAAUUGUUUCCUGCUUAGAAUUAAUGGCUAACUUGUUUAUUUUUAUUCAUAAUGGUGGAAUUUAAAAGUUAUUAUACAGCCCCCACUUAAAAACGGCACUCUUUUUUUUUGUUACGAAAGUCUUUCAAAAGGUACAAUGUUCUGAAUGAUUUUAUGUUUCAGUCUCACAUGAGGUUCUGUCGCAUUCAAUGGUUGCCGACAAGGUUUUAUGGUAGCCUGAGUGUGUAUAGCCGCCCCUUCCUUCAGAAAAAAUAGUUCCUUUGCAGCCCAGUUAAAAAUCGCCUUUCGGCGAUUCUUGUUUCUUCUAUGCUCCCUUGCCAACUUACAAUUCUUAUAUGCAUUCUUGCAUUGUCAUUUACUUUGGCUAAUUAAAACUGAACUGAACUGAACUGAACUCUCUGGUUGACUGAUUGAUUGACUGAUUGAUUGAUUGAUUGAUUGAUUGAUUGAUUGAUUGAUUGAUCGAUUGAUUGAUUGAUUGAUUGAUUGGUGACUGACUACUAUCAUAUUUUCUGCAAAACUGUUGAUUAACUUUAAAUGGACACAGUUAUCUCGGGCAAUUACUGUUAAGGGAUUAUGCCAAACCCAUGCACUUGAUUUGAAUUCUAAAAGCAUCGUACACAUAAUGAAAUGGUAUAAGCGAAAUGCUGCUGCGUUAUGGUUUUCAAUGGUAGAAAAUUUUUCUGUAUGUUUUUCCCCAGGUUGGUGAACAUGAAAUUGAAUGUCAGCCAGGAUUUAGGUGAGCUAUACGGAAUGCUGAUAAUGUGUGUCAUAGAAUGAAAAAUAAAGACCAACUGAUAUAAGCAUAGAUGAAUUGGUAACAAAGGGAUGUAACAUUUUGGCAGUAGCAAGCACAUAACACAGGUUCGAAACGUACGCAUUAAGAAAAUAGUAUGUGCAGUAACAAGAAAUCCAUUUGUAAAAAAACACGAUCAACGUGCUGUUUGUUUUGAGGAAAAUUUCAUUGAAGGAAAAUAGCAUUUGUUUCCAGGACUUUGUUACCAACUUUUUUUGGGCGUAAGUUUUCAUGGCGUUUUCCGCCCUUUUUACAGGUUGGUAUUGGCUACAACGUUUUCCUGCCAGGCUGUCCCAUCAAGCAUUGCGGCAUACGUGAAUGUGGUUGAGUUUAGUCAGUCACGUGACGGCCUUGAGGAGAUGUUCCUUGAUCGUUUCCUGAGACUUGAGAAGCCUCGGAUGCAGGAUACGAGGACACAAGUGGUAGAUGUAAGUAAUGCCAAAUUUAUACUCGAUUAAUAAAACUAUUGAACCAACGAGUGUGGAGCCAGAAAUAGACUUAAUUAUUUUCUCACCCACUCACCCUAUUACUCACUGUUGUCAUUGACCAGCGUAAUUGUUUUGUUAUAAAUUUGACUCUGCGUAGCUGCUAACUAAUAACAUUCUCUUUUAUAACUAUUCACGGGAGCCACAAUGUUUUGAACUACGUGUUGCUCAAAAGUCCGUAAAAUUCGUGAAACAAUUUUUGAUAAAUAAGGUUGAUGGACUAGGAACAAGGUGGAAGAGAAAUCCUUUUGUAAAGAUUUAGGAAACUUAAACAGUAGUUCUCAAGGUCUGAUCUCUUGUGUCAGGAAAUGGUAACUUUGAUGGAAGGCCUGCGAGAAGCUGAGGAGAACAUUUUGCAGUGUUUAGGAAGUGGUCACCGUCUUCUUUACAACUUGGCGGCCACCAAGAAGCUAGCCUCUAUCAAAAAACAACACGAGGAAAUCGUUGAAAGGUUGGUAUUCGUGUUUCAAUAGUGGUGAUCAGCAAUUAAAGCGCUGUAAAGUAUUGAAGUCCUUUUAUUCUCAUUCAAUGGAAAUUGAACUUCAAGGUAAUGCUCAUCAUAAGUGAUUACAAGGAAGGACUGUUGUUUCAUAUUAUUAAUAAGGGUAAGAAAAGUCAGGAAAUCCUCUUUUUGUACUGUUCAUUUGAUUGCAAAAGUUUAGUGACUCCGUUCAACGUAAGACGACGUCUUUUGUACCGUUCAUUUGAUUACAGAAGUCUAUAGUCCAGUUCAUUUUGUUGACCGCGUUCAACGCCCUCACUCGCUAUCUUAACUCGUAGAAAUGACAAAAUCAGAGAUACGAGACAAACAAUAUGUCUCCUGAGCAUUAUUUUUAAAGUGGCAAGCUCGGGAUCAAACUGUUAGAACAGUUUUCAAAAAUCCUAAUUUCAAUCCGGUUUUGCGCAUCCGUUUGUUUUGUUAUGUUAUUUUAACCUUCCUUUAAAGUUUUAAGCGGUUAUUUUUAUGUUUCUCUUAAUUUAAUUUGUAAUUUUCUAAUUUGGCUGAACUUCGUGACACAGCUCCUUUAAGUUUGCGUGACCUGUUUGAUUAGUAGUCUAAACUAGACUUAACUUCACUCUUUGUAUUAAAACUAUUCGUGUACUUAAAUAACCUGCAAAUCAUUUUUUUUUAUAUAGUCAAACACGUGCUCGCGGCAUUGAAAACUCUAUCCUGCAGUCACGUGAAGGAUUUCGACCAAUCGCUCGCCGAGCGGCUGUCAUGUUUGACGUAGCACGGAUCAUGGCCGAGAUAAACACAGUUUAUCAGACUUCUCUCGCGCAAUUCCUCAUGGUGUUUGACGCGGCUAUAAAACACUCCGAAAGGUAAGGUUUUGUUGUGUCUCCUUCCAAGUCAUGCGAACUAUCCUACUUUAAUAGCAAGUCAAACCUUUAAAUAAUCAGUAAAGACGUCAGUGUUUCCCUAACUAAAACAUUGUCUGUCUUCCAAGCUUAUAUGUGGGUGUAGGCUGACAUAAUGCUUAAGAUAACCUUACACUGGACAAACAUGCUUUCAAAGGGAACUUAUCCAAAUGCUACUACUAGCGUAAGAGGGACUCGAGUAGCGUUCGUUUCCGACGAUCCAGAUUGCAGAUUGGGAAAAGGAAUUUUUCAUCGCAGAUUUGAAGUCGAAUCGGCAAAAAGAUUCUUUCCUUUAUUCACGUAACAAGACGUAACUAAACCCCUUUGUUUUUUGUAGGACUGCUGUAAAGGCAGUAGUGGAAAGACUGACCCAAAACUCCUUCUACACAUCAGCACGAGCUUUGUUUGAACGCGACAGAUCUUUAUUUGCCGUUCUCUGUGCACUUGAGGUAAAGCAAGUCCGUGGUAAUAAUUUUAUAGACACCAGUAGAAAAAUUACGUCGCGGUUGAUUGUAACCAAAUUCCGUUAAAGAAAUACAGUUGAACGUCUCCAUAACAGCCACCUUGGGGACAGAAGAAAGUGGCAUUGUAGAGAUGUUUAAACAAGAGUCAAUGUAUGGACUGUCCGCCAACUAAGUGGCUGUUGCGGAGAGGUGGCCGUUAGUAGAGGCCCUAAUGUACAGUCGACUCUCUCUUAACGGACACCUCUAUAAGACGGACACCUCUGUAAAACGGACACCUAGAGUUGGUCCUUUCUUUGCUCCCUCUAUUUGACUUUCUAUAAGACGGACAUCUCUCUAAGACGGACAGCUACGCCGGUCCCAAAGGUGUCCGUCCUAGAGAGAGUUGACUGCAGAGGAUAUUGCAUGGUCGUGCGAAGAUACGAAGAAUAUAAUAAAAUAUUUUUCAACACUAAAAAACAUUGAAAAACCAGACCAAUAUUUUCUUGCUGUGAAAAGCACUAUUUAUUAUGUAGCCGUAGCAACGGUGAUUUCUUCCUGUGUGAAGAUAACCUUCCUUUCGUUUUCACGUGUGAGGAUAUAAUGUUUUCACCACAAAGCUCACCUGGUAUUUCAUUGGUGCUUAUGUAAUAAACUUUAGGUAGAUCUGAUCUACUUGGCAUCCCAUGUGCUUUUCUAUGGUAAUAAUGGUUUGCCAAAACGCCGGAAUAACUCUCAACAAGGGUCGCAAGCUGGGCUUUUAUGAAACAAACCAUCGUCUUCGGAAAUAAUAGAGUAUUUCCUAUGCACCAUGAAGAUGAGUUUCAAUAAAUAUGUGUUAUUGACCAAGCGUAAGGUCAAGAUGGCAGGAUAUUGGGCAAGUUCGUCGAGGUCAAUUAAAACGCAGGAAAGAAUCAGGCCAGUAUACAGCCAUCUUGACUGAACAAGCUUGGUCAAGAAGGGAUUUAUUAUAUAUCCAAAAAGAGAACUUUUUCUUUCGCGAAAUCCCGACGUCCCGCAUCUUGCGCACUCGCGGAUUCAGCCAUAUAAUAAAUGGUGUUAUGAGACACUUUUAAUGGCAAUGAAUACUGUCCUUUUCCAUGGCCAAAAGACUUGUUUGUUGUCCCAUGAUUAAAGAAAGCACGCUUCACUGUCCAAGGAAAUUCCCAGGGGUUCUCUCACACGACACAAACGAGGAAACAGAUGUUUUUAAUCUACAUAUAAACUAAGUAAACCUUACUGGAUUUUUUUUAAGGUUGAAGAUUCCAACGGGCGCGUGGGGCCCGGAGACCGUGAGUUUUUGAUCCAUCCUUCAUAUGGUGCUGCAGUAAAGACUGCGUUACAACCCACUGCAGUUUCAGAGGCUGCGUCACGCACUCUUGCCAAGAAACCAUUUGAUUGGUUGUUGGAUGAACAAUACUCAAAUUUACAGGUAAGUGUACCACGGGCUCUCUGUUUUAAAUGAUCUUGGUGUCAAUCAAGUUUAAAGUUUCUUAUUUUUUGCAUGUUAAGUAAUGGUGGGAACCCUUGACCAGCUAUUUGCCAUGAGUUACAGCCCUGGUGGUCUUAAUCGGUCUUGACAAGUUCUAGCAUCCAAGGUUUGCGUCUGUUAAUUGUUGGCCAGUCGCAAGAGUAACAAUUGUAUUUUGAACGGAACUUUUUCUUAUUGUUGAAGCGCUUCUCAUUACCCUGGUUGGAAUUUUUACUUUUUAAUUCAGCCACAAUCAGGGAAUCAGCCUGUGGAAAAAAAGAAACUUUUCUUCCCCUGGUCUUUGUCAUUGUCUUUGUCUUCGUUACUUUCGCUUGCUGUAAAUCUAUAAUUUUUUUUGUUUGGUUUGUAGAUGUUGGCGACUCAUUUCGAUUGGUUUCAAGACGCAUUUGAUAAGAUGACCAAGGAUGGUCGUGAAACGCAAUGGAGGCAGAUUACAGAGCACGAGAAACCUGAAAUGGUUGCUCUUCCUGAUGGACUGGAUGAAAAGUAUGUCGGACAUUUGUAAAACUUUAGGAAUUAAAACUUUCUUCUCAUGUGAAUACCAUGAAAAAAUGUUGUCAAGGCUUCUCCGUGACUGUCGGCUAGUGGCUGAAGAAAAUUCUGUGCGUUCCAUUUCCUCGAACCCUUCUGUGAAACUAGUUUCAGGCAUUGGCGGUCUUUUUUAGGCAAAUUGGACUGAUUUGGGCCGAUGGUAAACGCAAUUCCCAAACGAAAAUUAUUACACUUUAGCUUUGUUUAUCAUUCGUGCAAAACAUGAACCGCCCGGUUUUGAGCGGCUGUGUCAUGAUUUAAAACAGAUGGAAUCAAAUGAAACAUCUAAAUAUAGGUUCAGUUUUCUUUAAAUUGCUCUACCAUGAUCUACUAAAACGCGAAAAUUGGCUUUCGAUAACCAAGAUUUAAAUGGAUUGCAAUUCGAAACGAAAUAGUUUAUCGUAUUCAAUUUCACCUUUCCCGUUGUACACAAAAUAUCAAUAGCUGAUCGCGUCUUUGAUUUACCUUUGAGACAUUCGCUUAUUAUCUUCCUUUUAAGGUUCUUAAAAUGAAAAAAAGGUGACUUAUGACACUUAGUUUUAAUGCAGCUCCGUUUUAACCCAGACUUAUGGAACUAUAAUUCGCCAAGACGUGCCUCCUUUAACUCGAGCGACAUAACGACGCAAGCCAAUUCAUAAGCGCUAGAAAAUUAAUCGAUUUCCUCGUUACAUCGCUAUGAAAUGACGAAUCCGUUGUGAAGUAUUAGUGCAAAAAGGAUACUUUCUCAUUGUUUUUUAUUUAUUUAUGCCUUUCAGGUUUACUCUCAUUCAAAGAUUCAUGGUAAUCCGUUCCAUCAGAGGAGAUCGGCUGUUACCAGCCGCCAUGUGUUUUGUUACAUCUGUGCUAGGAAAGAAGUGAGAACGCGAAACGCUUUGUUAUCAAUACAAUGCACUAUAUAAAACAUUGAAAACUUAGAAUAUGUGUCAGUCACCUUUCAAUUCAAGAGUCAAGUGAUUCGUCGCUUCGUAAACCGCAGGGUGGGCGGGCAAAAGAUUUCUCCAAAGAUUUCCGUUAUCAUUUGGGUGGACAUCAUAUGCAGUGGUUGGUUUAUAAUUGCUCUGGGAUACUAUUGACCAAUCAUAACUAAAGCUAGUCCACCCGAACGAUUCUAGAAAUCGUUGCCGCUAUAAGAUUGUUGGAUCAAUUGAGGUUUGACUUAGGGGAGGGGUAGGUAGUCAGAUAUCUAGAAACUGCAAUUGAUAUAGAUUGUUUCCCCCAUAGAGCGUUUUCACUCGCGUGGCCAGCGUCUGUGCGAAUUUAUUGGAACAAAAGAAAGCGUUUGCAUAAGAAAAGAUUCAUCUCCCACAGGACUUGUUUGGGACACAAACAUGGCCGCCGUUUCAUUGUUGGGGAAACAAACCAAUGCGAAUUGUGAUUUCUGGCUUGUCUUCGGCUACAUCACGUGAACUUGCUUCCAUAUCUGAUUGGUUUAUUUCAGAUCCGCUUUUUGUUAUUGGUGGUAAUACUCAUAAUGAUCUUUACUCUACUUGGUUGAACUACUUUCCAGUCUUUUCUUCUGGAAGGUGGCAGUUGACGUGUCUUUGAUUUGGGAUCGAAGGGUGGGUUUUGUCACUGCCAAGAGAACAUUUCUCAAUGGUUUGUCCAAAAAACAAAAUCCAAAAGUAAUUAGAUUACUCUUUCAUAAGAGACGGAGAGAGCCCGUCAGAACCCUAAGAAACUGACUACGAGUUUCCUGACAAAAUCACGAAACAAAUCCAGCAUAUAUACUGUCCGAAUGAUCGAUCGCACUCGGUUUGAAGAGUAUUGUUAUUAGUCAGUGUUUCGCAGAUCACUUAUCUCCCCGUUACCGGCAUCUGCCCGCCACUACCAAAUAACGAUAUUUUGCUGAACCUCAUUCGAUAAUUGAUAAUUACUUGCAGGUACACUGCUGAAAUGGCUUUAGAUCUGCCGUUUGCCUUCCGUCAGAGUGAGAACCGCACACCUAUUGUGCUUCUGUACAGACAAGAAGCAAAUAUGGUGGAAAAGUUGGUCAUUGAAGGAUCACAAAAGAGACAGGUUUGUACAUAAUUACUGAGGCAACGCCUUUGUGUAGUUUAUAUUCCCUCUACGGUCUGUGAGGGGGUGGGUUUAGUACCCGGCCCUCUUCCAUAUGUACAGUUAAACCUUUUCACAAAGGCCACCUUGGGGACAGAAGAAAGUGGCCAUUGUAGAGAGCUUUAAACGAGAGUCAAUGUAUGGACUGUCCGCCAAAAAAAGUGGCCGUUAUGGAGGGGUGGCCGUUAGUGAAAGGUUCAACUGUAGUACUGUAGUACGUUAAACAAUUACCCUUCUGGAAAAAGAUCCUGGUUGAUUUCAUUCAAAAAUGCAAGUCACAUUCCCAUUUGGCUUGUUCUCAGAAUUGAUUUGAAGUUCCAACUCUGGUUUCCUAAAUUUGCGUCAUGAAAUUUAGGCAUUGUAAGCAAUCCGAGCCGUUCAAAAAGAAACUUCUUUUGCAGAAGGAAAAAAUCUCUAUGAUCGCUUCAUAGAUAUCCAAGAGUGACACAUCUCUUCCACUUCCACCACAUUGUUGUUAGUUUGUUUUGACCUGAUUUCGUUCAUUUCUUCCCAGGUGGAACUACAUGUUCUUGCUCUAGCAAAUGUUGGCAUCGGCGAAGAGCGUGUAGCAAGAAAAAUGAUACAUAGGGCCAUGGUACAGGUAAUCUAUGCGGCCUAACAAAAUAUUUUGUUGAUAGGAAAUAAUGUUAUUUCGGCCCUCAAAACUGGGUUUUUAAAGAUUCAUGAAUUCUUGAAAAUGUCUUUAUAAUUUUGGUGUUGCGUCUCCCUGAUACAAUAUUUCUGGUUAGUUUUUAUUUUAAUAUAGUUUACAGUUGAACAUCUGCUAACAGCUACCUUCCUCUUUUCUCAAGGUGGCCUUUGAGGAGACGUUCGGCAGUAUUUUUAUAGUGCUUUAUGUAUUUUACACUCUGCAGGGUCACUGGGUUCUUCUUCAUAACGCGCACAACUCUCCUCGUCUGCUCGCAGCUCUGGAUUCAUUCAUGCAUGAGACCAAAACAGUGGACAGUGAAUUUAGGCUGUGGGUAUCCGUCCAACCCCACUCAGAUAUACCCUCAUCAUUGCUACAGUCCUCUGUCAAAAUUGUCGCCGACUCGCCAAAGGUACUUACGUAAUUUAAAUGUUCUUUUCCAGUACAGCAACAUUCUGAUAUACCCCAGUCUUCAAUGAUUUAGAAUUUUUCCGUCUUGUAUUAGUGCGGCAUAAAUAAGAAAACUAGCGGCAAGUAAGCAAACUUUAUGAAUCGAAGUACUUAUAGCCUGCACUGAGUUUUCUUUGUUCUCCCUCUACUAUUUACGAGUCUUUCAUGUACUGAUGCUGGAAUAGCCGUUACACGAUCGCUUGACCCGAAGCGAGGAACUUCCAUGUAUCACGUAUUCUCAUGGCAUCUUCACUGAGCGGUUCAUUUUCAUGUAGAGGUCGCCGCAAACUAUUGCAUGACUGAGUCACAAUUACUAGUCAGCCCCUUCUCCAACAAAAGAGACUGAAAUUGUCAUUUGUGACAUUUUGACGACGCAAAUAAUUAAAUUAUUUUUCCUUUGGUUUUCCAUACAUUUUGCAAUGAUUAAAUAUGCCUACGCAACGGAGCAUCCAUUUUCAAUAGGUCAAGGUAUUGUUAACAUGUUUCUGUAAAAUCGCAGUGACAUAAGCUUAGUAUGGGGUUACUCGCUCCGAACUAUGGGCUCCUGCACCAUGUUGUACUUUAGGUCUAUUGCUUUACUCCAAUGUCAAUGAAAAUAUAGCUGGACGCUCUCAGUGACGUGGGGUGGUUCGUGUUUUUUUUCUAUAGAAUACAAAGGACAACCUGCAAAGGUCCCUUCAGUGGGUUGAUGGUGAUUUGUUACGUGUCAGCAAUCGGCAGGAGUGGCCUGCCCUGUUACAUAACCUGUGUAUGCUACACAGCCUUGUCAGGCUACGGACUAGGUAUGGACUGACAGGCUGGAACAAGGGCCAGGACCUCAAGAAUAUUGGCACGGCAGAACUAUGGGUAUGUACUUUUAUCUUUCAGUGCUUUACAGCCUUCGUUGAAGGUUUGUAUUGCAAACCGAAAUAUCGGGCAAUUUUAAUUCACCACUUUAUUUUUGUUUUCUUUCUAUAUUUUUCCAUCGCUCAGCAAACAAAACAGCAAUAUCCUUGUGACAUAGCCCCGUUGUGACAUGUCCGUUUACCUAAAAGCUCAUUUUAAAUCAGACAACUAGAGAGCAUCCUACGACAAACAGUUUGUUCUGAUUUUGAAUAACAAAAGGGGAAUUCAGAAUUCCUUUUAUUUUCUUUUUGCUCUUCCUUUUUUUCCGCAGCAAGCGUUAGACCUCGCUGUCCGAGAGUUUCAAGAUAAUACUGAUCUAAUGGCACAGGCUGGGGGCUCAGCGAGAAGUAUCCAGUGGAAUGGACUACGCUACAUGUUAACAGAGGUAUAAAGCACCGCUCAACAUUGUUUGCUUCCUUCAGUUUUUUUCUUCCUCCUCUUCUUUCUUUUGUAUGUCUUUUUUUAGAUAUAUAGUAUAAACUCCCAGUUCAACAAGAUAGAUAAUUUGUUAAUGUGUCAAAAGAUGCCCUAGCCGUCAUAAAAAAACUUUGGAUUGAUACCUGUUUAUUUUUCGAUUAAUCCCCAAUAGCAUUUUAUUAUUUUUUCCCAAUAAAAGGGAGCUAAAAAACACAGCCGUGUUUUAUUAGAUUUAGACACUCAUUAAACAGUUUCCUUGGUAGUUUGAUUUUUAAUGAAGUGUCAGUAAGGUUUACAUGUGCAUACCUGUAGCGAGUCCUUGGCUUUGUGCUGAUUUCAGGUCAUCUACGGAAGAAGCAUGAGUGACGAGUUUGAUCGCCAGGCCCUCAGCGCUAUGAUUGACUACUGGAUAAGUCCUGCGGCAGUCAAAAGAGAAUUUGAAGCUACAAAAAGUAAGCGUCUGAAUUUAGCCCCAUCUAAACGCAAAGCACAGGACAGUGCUAUCCAUUGGAUAAAUUGUAUGUGAAGUGAAUAAUAUAAUUGGUUUGUCCUAACAUUAUAUACUGGGUAGUGAUUUAUCUGGUGGAUAGCGCUAUUCUGACCUUUAACCAGAUUUUUUUUUUUUUGAGGGAUGAAUCCAUAAAAUCCUAGCCUGUUCACUGACCGUCUAUUUUCUCUUUAGAGAUUUUCAAGCCUGCGUAUGAAAAUAAAUUUCGCGGGGAUUUAUUGACCACUAUUGCAAGUGGGUGGGGUUGGGGAAAAGCGCUCGGCAAAUUUGUCGACAAGAAAAGAAACAAAAAACGUUUGUGGAAAGGCUAAUAAAGUUUGCAAUUCUGCGACCAAUCAGGAGAGACCUUACGAGCAGCUCCUACACAAUUGUUUGUGUGAAUUUUGCA